GGCACCUGUGACAGGGAGGGGUGCUAAACCAAGGAGCUUUGGCAACUGUCAUCAUGAGCAAGUGCAGGCUAUGUAUACAGAUAUGUAGGCUCAUGAUCUCAGCUGACAAACCCUACUGCUAACCAUUGCAUUAACCUUAGGUAAUGAAUGGGCUGUUACAACUCUUUAUAUAAAUAGUGUAAAGUCUGCAAGGGAGGGGCUAAUGUACCAGACAAAGAAAAAAAAAAAAACACACACACAUAAAGAGGUGGGAAGGAGAUUUAUAUUUAUAGCAGCAACUUAUUAACAAGUCAGACAAGUCGAAAAACCUUUUUACCUAGCUCAAUGAAUAAACAAGGUCUGUGAAGUCUCUGUGAAUGUCUCCCACUGGUGACUGGGACUUUGCCUGGGAUAUGGCUUUGGUACAGUGUGAGUCCUUGCUGCUAUACUGUGCAGUAAGUGCUGUUUUUAUGGGAUCUGCCCUUCACAAAUUAAUCAGGAACAAGGUGAAGAUAGAGCAUGCUUGUGUCUGUGGGCUGCUGUCACUGCUGAUAGUGGCACUUGUCUGUUUCUACCUUCUAUCUAGAAGCAUUGGACUGACUAUAUUCAUUUUAUCAUGCAUCACUUAUUAUAUUUCAAUACCUGUCAGAGAUCUGCUACCCACCAAAGACAAGGCAGUACUUAUUACAGGUAAGGCACCAAGAGUUCACAUUUGUUUCAUGCUAAAUUUAGUUCUAAUUGUGUUCUGUUAAUUGUUUUAAGUGACUUGUGGAUCCGCUGUGUUUGCAAUCUACCAGUCUGCUCCAAUGUAACUGCUAAACAGAAUGAUUCUUUUAGAAAUGUCAUUUUAAAAUCACUAUAAUAAAAGCAACGUUAACUGAUACUUUCAAGGUAAGCUAACAAUGUUUGCAGGGCAAAUGACAAGUUAAACAAAAACUACAGAUACAAAGUAUAUAACAACAUGUGAAAAUGCCAUAUCUGAACUUAAAGGGGCACUACUAGAAUAGGAAAGUGAGGUUAAAGAAUGUUGUACUAUCUGCAAUGGAUUAUUUGCUCUCAUUUUGUUUUGUUUUUGUCUGUGUACUAAUAGCUUUGGUCAGAUUAAUUGGGCAAUAUUUGAAGUGGGUUUUUUUUUUUAAAGGAUGCUAGUUGAACAAAAAAAAUAUAUAUUUUUUAAUGGGGUUAAUUUGCUAAACUUGUAAUUUAAAGCAAGAUUUUAACAGACAGAAUUCUAAUAGAUUUUGAUAGUUACAUUUUUCUCCUGUUUGAAUUAAAUGGAUGGAAUUCAUUAGCUGUUGAAUAAUAAAAAAAAAAAAAAAACAUAUACAAAACCAAUUAUGAAAUAUCCCCUGCGCAAUUAGGGUGGAGUGUGUAUUCGUAUCAUUCGGGAGUUUUGUAUAAUCCAAUUAAUUAACCCCUUACAUUGCCAGGCUCUUGCUAAGAGCAUACUGGGAUUGUGUUUUAUAGGAAGAAAUUGGGAAAACUGUAAUGGGGGAAAAGGUUUUGGGCAAUACUUUGGCCCAUUGUUAAGUGUAGGUGUAAACCAUAGGAUAAUAAAAUCCACGACACAGGGCCAUAAGAAAGAUAAGGUCUAAUAUGCAGCUUUGGUGAUUCCAUUUGAGAUCACAGAGUGGAGGCUAGUGACCCAGGCUCAUACCAUCUGCUAGAAGGUCUCAGGCCACUUUUAUUUGUUUUAAUUUUAAUUACUUUUUACACAUCAGAGUGUCUUUUUACUAAAGUUAAUUGUCAAAAUUAAAUAAAAUUUCUCAUUUCAGGCAAAAAAUAACUGAAUUGAUAACUACUCCUGGUGGGAGCGGCUGCGGCUUAUGAUCAGUUAUCAGUUCAAUAUUUUGGUCGGGUCUGGGCCCUUUCAUAUAAUAUCAAACUGACAUUCCAAAAUCUAACUUGCAAUAUAUCUUGUUUUGGAGUUAAUUUGUUUACAUUUUACCUCUGGGGGAAAAAAAAAUUUGAAUUAUUUUAUUUAAGUUUACAAUCAUGCAAUAAAAACAUAAAAUAUUACAGUAAUGGGGAAGAAGAGUGUGUCCAACCUGUCUGUAUGAGACAUGAUGUAUCAAGGCGUUCAUAGCGGGGACUUUCAGAGCUGACAAUCCCUAGUGGUUAAAUUAAAGCUUACAGUUAUUGCCUACUAUACGUUAAAUACAGAUAGAGGCAAAGGAAAGGGUAACAAACUAUACUUCGAAUGGAAGGGAGCCAAGUUACACGCCAGCCAUCUAUAGUAGCGAAUGGCUCAAGGAAUAAAGGCAGAGUGUUGUGCAGUCAGGUUAUAAUGACUUAAAGGGACACUCUACUUUCCAAAUAAAUAAAAUACAUUGUUUAGUAGAUAUACCUCAAAUGAAAAGUUGCAUGCAUUUAAUUUUGUAUUUUUUUAAUUAGGGAUAUAUAUAUAAAAAGCAGCUUGCAAAACCUGCAGUUCUCUUGUCUGCUACCUUUGCAAGCUCUCCCCUUCUAACCCCGCACAGACUUUCUGUGGCUGUCCAAUCACAGACUUCCCAAUGCAGCUCAAUGAGAAGUCUUUGUAAAUCCAGUGCUCUGGGCAAUUGCUGCCUCUUGAGAUCAGCUGCAUUGAGCUAACGAAACCAGGAAGUAACAGAACCUGUUGUCUGUUUGAAAACCAAGAGGGUGUAACCAGGUUAAUUUAUAAAAGUGUUAAUUUCUAUUUAGAUCUGCAAUGAAGCUUUUCAGCAAGCUAAAGUAUCCCUUUAAUUACCACAAGGCCACAAUGUUCAUUUUAACUAACAUUUCAGGAAUCUGUGAAUAUAUGCACCUUUUCUGUCCAUUGUUUUUUUUUUUUUGUAUGGUCUACAAUUUUGAAAAUAUCUUCGUAUGACACUUAUUUGUCUAUCUUUUGGUGAUAACAUUGGGGUUUGGCGUAUGGUGGUUUAUAUCCUACACUCAGAAAUGUAGUGAAUUGAAAUGCAAAUACAACAAUAUGGGCCAAAUUAGUUCAGGAACACCGUCUCGGCUAUAGUUUGGCUAUGUUAAUCUGUAAUUUAAGGCUUCAAUUUGCCACAAUUCGGUAAAAAAAAACAUAAUGUAGUACAAUUUCCCCAAUGUCAUACAGCUUUUAUGCAGUAUAUUUUAUCUAUCGAUACAGAGUUCACUUUAAGUCGUAUUAUCUAUGACUGAAUAAAGUUAUGUUUAAAAAUCAUGGAAUCUUUCAUGAAGACAUUGUUAAAAUGUAGAAAAAACAAUCAGACAGAAUUCUGAUAAUCCAAGCUGGGACUCACAUUUAAGGGUUUUAAUCUUUCUGCUCCAACAAAGAGGACGAAAGAAGAAAGUGGGAGAGUAUGUAAAAUGUAUAAGCAAUCCCAUGGAAUAUUGCACCUUUCUAUGUUUGAGAAAAUGAAAAUCACAGUCAUCUAAAGUGGUUUGCUUAAAAUUGUUCUGUUACAUCAAAGCCAACCACAAGUUCAUUCAAUAAACGACUCUAUACAUUGUACGUGUUUCACAACAGAUAUAUUUUUUAGAAUUCAAUGUGUCACUUUCCUUUUAUAUUUUCUUUGUAGACACUCUACACAUAGUUCAUUUCAUUUUGUGAAUAUGUUACAAAUUGUUAUAUAGAGACAUAAAGCAUUGUAUGUAUAUAAAAGUAGUAAUUUUACCAAUUAGUGCAUAAAUCAAUUAGACCUAUUUAAAAAAAAAAAAAAAAAGCAUCAUUGCUUAAUUGCCACUUUGUAGGCUAGGUAGACAACAUAGAUAUAUUGCAUAUUUUUCUUAAAAUGGGUUUCCAUGGUGACUACAACAAUGGAUAGUUCCUGAUGAGUUCUCCAGUGUAGAACUUUGCUCUUUAUAUUGUUGACGGAUCCCAGGAACUGGAGAGCUGUCAAACAAUUCUCUUUCUAGAGCAACAUACCCAAUUCUUGUUCCACGGAACUCUACAAAACUGGGUUUCAGCCGCGAUUUGCCAAUCGAGUGGCCCAAGCACUUAUAGCCAACUGAUGAGUAGCACUUGACCGGUCAGGUGCUGAGGUCGUUUAAGAGCGCGACCAGGGCCCCUGUAGUAUCUGAUGCUGGGAGGAAGUGACAGACUGUUACUUCCUCCCAGACAUAGAGAACGCAGCGCUGGAGGGAGAAAGGCAGCAGCGGGGUGUGAGUUGCUGCCAACCUUGCACACCAGCCUCAGCCAGCAGCACUAAAGGAAGUUGCCCUCCUUCCUAAAAAAUGUAAGCGAACAGGAGGGUGACUGCAAAUAUAAACAUUACGACCUGUAUGCUGUAUAUCUGUGUGUAUCUGAGUGUGUGUGUGUGCCAGUGUGUAUAAAUAAAGAGAUUAUUUAGCCAAAAUGUGGUUAUUACUGUAUGUGACAAACACUGCUUUACACAGACAUUUGCCACGGACUCCUGGAGGAGUGUGGAAGCUGGCCUCCUGGCCACCGACUAUGGGCCAGGUCAGCGACUGUAAAGACCCAUAUUUUAUUCCCCCUAGUUCGGCACUUUCCAUUCAUGCGCAUAGAACCGAACGCUAGCUCCCUGGUGGCCGUUCUCAUGGACCAAAACUGCAAAUAGACUUCAGGGGGACUUAGCCACAAAUGCCCUGGAACUAUUUUCGACAUGAAGACUUUGCGGUUGCAGGUCGGUCCCCAGCGGCAUUUAGCCGCGAUUCUCUGGAACUGUUUUGGGCAUGGGACCAUGCAGGCUGUCAGGCAAAUUAUGACUUCCAGGAAAUUCCUGAACCCCUGAACUGAUCUGGGUGAUUUUUGGAUAUGUUGGUCACCCAGAUCAGAGCUAUCAGGGGAUUUUUGUGUUUAUUUUUUUUUAAUUCUUUAUUUAGAUUUGCCCUGCCACAAUAGCUGGUGCAAUCAUAUCAAUAAACAAAGGUGAACAACAGUAUGGCUUCAUAUACAGUGCACAUUUUCUUUUUUAUAAUAGAGGAUUAUUUUAUAAGCUAGAGAUAUAAGUCUAGACUGAGCAUGUCAUACAUAUUUACCCGAGGGUAUGCUACCUAGACUGAUAGUAAAUUAUAACAAAUAAACAAUAGAUUGAAAUACGUGCUUGAGUGAGAGUUAUACUAUGUUUGGGCGCAAAAAGUAUUUAGUUAUGACAUAACAGGAUUAUACUGCUCGUUUUUGUGAGUAACUAAGAUAUUGUUAUAGUUGCCUGAGGGUGCUUAAGUAGGAUUACUAGUUUCAACAGAGGAAAUAUAAUUAAAAACUAAAAAAAGAAUGCAAUCAACGUUAUAUUAUGCUGGCAAAAUAUAACUGGCUGAUACUCUGGUUACCCUGAGUCUGGUGUGAGUCUGCUUAUGGCGUUUAGCCUAUGCUGCUUAGAGUCCAAGUAUGGUGAGGUCGCCUGGUACCAGUCUCUGCUUCCCCCUCCUGCCCUUUCUGUGUGCAGUGUAGCGGUAUGAAAGGUUGUGACCUCCGUGUGCCGUCGGUCUUGUGUGCCAUGUGGCUUAAGGGGACUCUCUCUGGGUCGCGCUGCUCCUGUCGGGGUAGUCUGGAGCUCUGUGGUUGAGGUGGGUAGAAAUGUCCACGUUGCUGGGCUUGUCGGUAAAGCGUUGCCCGCCGCUGUGGUUUCUUGUGCCUUCUUCUUUUGGUAUUGGUAGUCGUGCGGGGAUGGGGGUGUUUUUUCUUGCCGCUUCGCUUUGCAGGAUGACCACCGGGAGCUGCUGGGCUUUCCGCAGGCUUAUAGGGUAGCUCUCUGGGGUGUUCUCCCUCAGGAGAUCGGUUUGGUGUCGCUGUGAUAUGAGCCUCCAACGUGGCCCAGAAGCUAGCAAAGAUCACGUCUAAGUGCUCCAGCACGUGUUCAGUGGCCCCUCCUUGUAGCUCCAUGGGCUGUUUCAGGCUCGGUUGGUGGGGCAGAGGCAUGGCCGCCAUCUUAGGUGAGUCCGCCGCGAUCAGGAGUCGUGGGGUGAUAGUCGCUUAGGUUCAGUAUAGGCGUCAGCCAGUGGAUACCGGGAUAACCCCCACCGGUCCGGGGGUGGGGGGGGAAGGUUAGUUUUAUUCCUAGGUCUGCUCAGUUCAUGCGAGGAGCUAGGAGAGCGUCCGUCUCCCCAAAGCUCAGGCUUGUGUAGGCCGCAGGCCACUACCAGGAUGCACCGGGGCUGGACAGGCUCACAACAGGUAUCCUCCAGUGCACUGAAGACCCCUCCGCAAGAUGAGUGCUUUUUGCAGUCUGUUUGUUGGGCAGCCUGGGCGUAAAUCUCAAUUUGGGCCAGAUGCAGGAGCUCUUGCAGAGCACGUCUGGCUGCCUUGGCUGUCAGGCUCCGCCCCGGUUUUGUGUGUUUUUAAAGGUAUUUUGGGGGUUUUGUAAAAAUGUGUUUUCUGUGCCAGGAGAUAAUUGAGUUUAACCCCUUAAGGACCAAACUUAUGGAAUAAAAAGGAAUCAUGACGUGUCAGACAUGUCAUUUGUCCUUAAGGGGUUAAUACAGUGCUGACUCAAUUAUCUCCCAGGCACAGGGGAGGGAUUGACCUAUUUUGUAUGGGAGUGUCCUGGACCUAAAAGCCAAUCUAAUUGUGUAUAUGUUUUUACUGUAGUCUACUCUCAGGUCCAGAGAGGAGUGCCCCUUGCAUGGGGACCUGCAUAUAAGGCCAGUUGUGGCUACCAUUAAAUAAGAUUUGUUUUACCCUUCAUAAAGUCUAGGCUAAUGUUUGAGGGCUUGGAGAGCUAUAUUCAGACUCUGGGGACUGCUAUAAUCACUAUACUCCCUUGGAUCACAAUGAUUGCUCUUGUAAGAGCAGCCUGAUUCGCUCUCUGUACUAGGAGAGGUCUACCCAGUGGAAGCGGGAUCCUGGUCUUUGGUCCAGGGUGGGUGGAGGACAGCAAGACCCCAACCAAGCUGCGGCAGUUUGUGGGGUCUACGGUGGUUAUGGUGUCCGGAGCGGUGCUUAUGGUACUCAAGGAUUACUAGGGAGCGGCGAUUGACGAAGGUACCCAGUCAGGGUGCCAGGCGGUCCAUCACACUGUACUACACUAUGAGAGUGUAUUUUUCAUUUACCUUUCAGGGAUAAGCAACAUGUACUAGUCUCAUCCCUUUUCCCCCUUAAUGUUCUGUCAUAUGCCUGUAUAUCAACAGUCUCUGAAAGACAGUGUGGUAAACAACCACCACCCAGUGGAUCCAUAUGUCUACAUAGGUGUGAGAACGUCCCUGAGCUGAAAAUGUCAGUUCCUCCAAUCUACGUAAGUCCACCAUUUUGUCAAACCACACUGUUAAGGCCAGGGGGAAGGGGGGCUUUUUUCCAAAAUGGGGGUAGAAUUUGUUUGCAGUAUUUAAUAUUCUAAUGGUUAACGAUUUCUUGUAUUUAGCUGUUGGCAUGGUGGUCUUGUAAGAAGCAAGGGGCAGGUUGAAAGGGGGCGUGGUUAUCGGAGAACUUAAUAAAAAUCACACAAAUUGUCAAAAAGGUGUAAUCUUAGGGCAUUCCCACCAGAAGUGUUGAAAUGUGCCUUUGCUGGCGUGACAGCGCUAACACUCACCAGCUAGGACAGGGUUUAUACUCCGCAAAAACUGCGGAGUCACCCAUACCACUCAUCCCAAUGAAGAGGUCUGGGUGCAGUGGCCCUGUCCUUUGUAAAACAUUGCUUUUCGUAAAAAAAAUUUAAGAAAUGUCAAUGUUUACAUUGCAGGGUUAGAUCAACAUCCAGUGGCUGUCUUCCUGGCACUCGCUGUGCAUGCGCAUUAGGUCCCCAAUGUUCCUCUAUGAGAAGUAUUGAAAUUGACCAUUUCUGAAGGAGACCAUGCCUUCUUAAUGACAUUCACCUCGACAGUGGAAAAAAACCUUUUAUUAUACUCUUACUGCACAUGAGGGGGACUGUAUACAACCAGAGACAGGGGCACUAUAUUGUUUGGAAUAAAAGUUUGUAUUCCUAACACUAUAUAUUGUUGUUUUAAAUAGAGGCAUAUUCAGGUAUUCCAAUAAAUGUGUUCAUCAGUGUUGAUAACUGUGUGUAAAAAAAGGACACCUAGGUGUCUUCUUGUCUGGUCUCUUGCAAAUAACAUAUCUGCUAAUAAUCCACCACUAGCUUGAUGAUAAUAUUAAACAGUCAAGAAUUGCCCACUAUUUCAAUUCUCUUAGAUCUUAGAGAUCGUUAUCAUGUAAGUGAAAUGUAAUCCAUACAAAUAAAAUCACAAUUUGUUAUAAAAAUAGUUAUAAUUUAUUGUGACAAAUAUAAUAUUAGGCAGCAUGCAUGAUAUUAAUCAGUGAAUAUUUAGUAUAACAUAAGUAUACACUGCAAUGGAAUGGCUAUACACUUUCCAAUGGCUAACAGCAUCACCUGUCACUUAGAAAGAUUUAUGAGGGUACUUCACACACAGAAAGUAAAGCUUCACACAGCCCAGCAAAACCCUUGGCUAACAGUUAAAUCAACUGAGUAACCCUUUCAAUGCUGGCUAGAUCCUCCUAGGCAUAUAAUAUCCUAUUCUCUUGUAAUUUUCAAUUAAAAUAACAUUCAAACCAGCUCAUUAAUCAUUUCCUGGAACCAUCCAAUAAGAAUAAUCUACCAGAUUCUAUAAACCGAAUUUUAAUUUGCCUAAAAAUAUAUCUUGUCUUAUUUUAGAGCAAAUCAAUACACCUGGAUAAAAACAGCGGUAUGCUAACACGUGAUACUAUCACAUUAAUAUAUAAUUAUUCUUAAUUCCACCUGCAGAAUGGAAAGUUUAUAACUAUAUAUUCUUUAGUUAACUAAGAUUUCUAAAUAUUGAACUCUUACCAUGAUUUAUCCAGUCAUAUAUCAUGCUAUUAGUAAAUUUUUAAUUGAUUUAAAUUAAUUAAAUAAAACCAGCAUAAUUACCAGUUAUGUAGGUAUUCUCAUCAAAUGAGUAGGUAGUCCCAGGAAAAUGCGAGUAUGAUUGGUUGUAUGGAGGUGUGUGAGUAAUAGAGAAAAGUGAUGUUGGUUAGAAAGUAUCAGUAAAAGUGUCAAAGAGUGUUUCUUGAGUUGUGUCCAAGAGAGUUUGAGAGUUGAGUGUUAGUACCAGAGAGUGUCCUGGAUCUCUCUGCAUGUCCGAAUCUGAAUGCCCAAACUCUACACCAACUAACUCCUCUCUUCCCUUUGUCCUAACUUUUAAAGGGCCAGACUCUCUGUACGUCAUUAAUUGAUAAGGCCAAUAGGAAACUGAAGGUGUGUUCAACCUGCAGAUUGCAAUUUAGGUAUUUGAUCCAUAGAGGGCAGUCUCGCCUCACUAAACCUUCCUAUCCAGGAAAGAGUUAACUUUUCCUGAUGACGAUUUUGACGUCAUUUGGCUUAUCUAAAAUGACUACCAUAACUUAAAUUUGCUGUCAGUUCAGAGCGUUUUCUCCGUCUUUGUGGCAACUACUUUGAUCGUAAUUUCUAAAAUUGACAGUUCUAAACUCAAUUUCACCCCUUACUUACAAUGGGACCUUGUAAAAUUUAGAGAGUAAAAUUAGUUACUUGGUCUUCUCUGUCACUAAUGUCUGUGUUUAGAAUUAGUUCUAUUCCAUUAACAUUUAAACAGGGCCUUCUAUCCCCCUGCUUCAUUGCUAAUCACUUGGCUUGUUUAUAUAAUGCAUUCCUUAGCUCAGGCUCAGUGAUUAGUGAAAGCAAGAAGAAAUUAUGUGUCUUUGUUGGCCUGAAGAUCCAAAAUGGAGUCCGCUCUGCUCUGAGUGACUCUGGCAAUAUACACUUUUAAUUUCUAUUUUAGCACAAAAUGUCUGCCGAUAUAAAUAUCCUGACAAGCUUUAGGCAAGCCAACUCCAGGGAUCAUGUGCUGUUCAAUCAGAGAGGACCACUAGGAAAACUAACCUAGGUGUGGCGAGAUUAGUAAGGAGUGUGAAAAUGUCAGGCCCAUGUCCUCAACAUGUCCUGCUGCUGUCCAAUUCUCACAAAAUCUGUACUAGUUUCCCUUGUAGCUAUAUCACUCAGCAUAUCUAUGUGCAUACUGCAGAUGGUCCCCCAGCUCAGUGAUGUGUGUGUUGUGCCCACAGAGCAGCCUUUACUGCCUUGAACCGUGUCUGGCUCGGUGUUCUGACAUUUGGUCUAUCUAUUUAGUCUACAACUUGGGCUUUCGGUUGUUAAAGGUUUAAGCGAAUCUUGUUCAUGCAAUUGUUUCAAUUGUGCUAAAAUUGUUCAAUGUACUGGAAAAUAUAAAUAUUGUGUGUGUGUGUGUGUAUAUGUAUAUAUAUAUAUAUAUAUAUAUAUAUAUAUAUAUAUAUAUAUAUAUUGCAGUUCACUGCGCAUAUUCGCACCAUUUGAUUCACAGAUCAAGUGAGAAGAAGCAACUAAUAGAGUGUAAAAAGGUGCAGCAGCAAAAAUAAAUACUGUAAUAGUAAAAAAUAAAUAUAUAUAUUUUUUCCUUUUCUGCUCCUUCUAUUUUCACUCUGUUGGUCUCAUUUCUCCCUUUUUUUAAAUUUUUUUAUUUAUUUAUUUUUUAGCAGGCGGAACUCUGAAUCACUUAACAAACUAAACAAUUUCUCCCAUUGCCCAUUUACUUGUUUCAAGAUUCGUCCAUAAAGCAUUAAAGAGUUUAGGAUUUUGGACAAAUGGCUGAGAGCCAAAAAAAACAUGGACAAAUCUUAAAUUAUUUGAAACCAUAUGAAUUCAUCCAUAGGGAUUAUCUCCAGAGAGCUAAUGAAAGCUCCUAAGAAGAAACUACUGGCUCUCCUGGUAUCUGGAUUGUGGUGGGGAGCAGCAGUCAGUGUACAGUCCACCAAAGGAAAUAAUGGAGAGCUAUACAUUAUAAUUAAUUGUUAAGAUGUCAUCAUGGUUGUCACUAUUAUUUAUCAAUGAAUGCUUUUUUAAAUUUUUUUUAAAAUCAUUAAAACUCUAUAAAUAAAUUACUAAAUGUCUCUGCUAUCUGUUCUAAAAUAUGGCUCCGUUGUCUUCUCAUACUUUUCCCUCUGUUUAUACAUCGUUCUUACAACUGUGGAUCUAGCUGGAAAUAUAAAAUACGACUUGAGUAAAAUUUGGUAAGCUAGAUGACUACACGCCGCUAUCUUUGUAAUGGAGUAACCCUUCUAACAAACUUAUUUUUUUCUAAUCCUUCCUUCUAGCUCCACAUUAUAUAUUGUAUAGGGUUUAAUCACUAAAAACGCAGAAAUUUACAAGACUAAAAUAUCCAUGCUUGAAAAAUCCAGACUAUAACCCUGGAUUGGAGCAGACGAAUCUCCGCUAACCAUUAACAUUAAUAUAAAAUGGGAAAGUCCAUAAAACCCAGAUAUAAUAUUUAUUUGGACUAUAUCCUGCUGGUUGGUGAUGAUUUAAUUAACAAAAUAAAUCCGUAAUUUAAUUUUUCAUGCUAUAAAUUAUUUCUUUUUUUUUUUUUUUUUAUUAAAUUUUAGUUUGGUAAUAAAACAUUUGUAUCAAAGAGAACUUAAUGACUUCACCUCAUAAAGACUUGUUGCCUGGGAUAAGCGAACGGGUUGGAAGCUAUGAAUUCUUUGUGUGUUUCUCCCAAGUUAUUUCAUUAACAGUGAAAGGGAUUACAGAACUUGACUGGCAGCAUUAAAUUACACUGCUCUAGAGCACUUGUUUAAUACAAUUGGGUCCAGAUGACUUCUGGUUGUAUUUUUUAACCCUUCCUUUGCAAUUUGUACAGUUUUCUCAUUAUUAAAGACCUGUGGCACAGCCCUACAUGCCUUAGGCAGAAGUAACAGACGUACAGGAACACUAUAGUUAUCCAGACCACUUUAUCUGGGUGCUGAGUCCUUGUGCUUUUAACUCUAAUGUUAAAUAUUUAAGUUAUUGAGAAACAGCAAUUUAAACAUUGCAAGGUUUAAGUUCAACUCAGUAUGACAGCCACUGGAGGUACUGCCACAGCACUGCCAGAGGAAAACUCUGUCACAUGAUGUGGAUGCCCCCAUAGAAAAGCACUUAUUCAAUGCUUUUCUACGGUUAAGUUUGAAUGCACGCGGUACUUGCCGCACUUGCACAUUAGCUUCUCAAUGCUCCUCUAUGAGAAGCACUGGACUGGACAUUGAAGGAGGAGGCGUGACACAGAGAGGUGAGCAGCACAGAGGGAGCCUCGGAGCGGUAAAAUGGUAAGUAAAUCAUCAUUAUUAUUAUUAUAAUUUUUCCCCCCACUUAAAUUAAUGCACCAGAGGUGAGGACUUGAAAAAGAGUAGGGACACUAUAGCGUUAAUACAGAUUUCUAUUCCAAAUGCCAUAGUGUUCCUUUAAUCCGGAAAAACCCACUACAAUCAAAAGAUGAAUCCAAACUUUAACAGGGAAUCACUAGGGGUUUAACGUACAGCUACAGUGAAGACAUCUCUAGGCUGAAAACAGAAAUGUGUAACCAAUCUCACUUCGGGUGAAGGAGGACUGGAAUGACGGUACAACAGGAUACAAAAAGAAGAUUGUGAAAGCAGUUUGAAGCAGCCCUGUUACCGUCUGGGGACUUUGCAUAAUUUGCAAAGAUGAGGUUGGGGGCUGGAAAAGGUGAAUUUAACCAGUUAAGGACACAUGACGGAAAUAUUCCGUCAUGAUUCCCUUUUAUUUCAUAAGUUGUGUCCUUAAGGGGUUAACUUAACUGAUCCUGACAUUCGAGGAGGACACCUUCUUCUUCUGGCUAGGACCCAAUAUCAUUGCAUGCGCUCGAGUACAGCACUGAGGUCUAUGGAGGGUCCCGCCCUUCAUACACAGAGCCCAUUCCCUGCAGCCAUCACUGGUGACGGCUGGGGGAUUGACACUUCCAGACUGGAGCUCCGCCUAUUGUCAAGAAGUGCCAGGUGUAGGAACAAUACAGCAGUAUACCGAAAAAUACAAAGUAGCCUCAGUACGACUGUAAGGUUCAAAAAUAUUGGAAGAGGCUCAAUUAAGCCAGAGACGUAAUUAUGACAUUCAUACUGAAACCUCAAUUUAACAAGCUAUCUGCAUGAUUCAAUACUGUUAGAAAACGUUCCAAAUGAUUUUUCCACAAAAAAAACCCUUCUCAUAGUUACUUCUAUAGACACAUCACUUAGUAAGCUGUUUUUGUGUGUGUGUUUUUUUUUUUUUUGUAUGUGCAAUAUUUGUUUAUUUGGAUAGCUUACGACAUCAGGGAACUGGUUUUCUUCUCCCCACCCAAUUUAUAUAUUUUUGAGGGCCAAACAAACGUGUCCGGUACAUCUACACAAUACAAGAUAAAGUGAACAUGAUUACCUAUUAUAAACAAACCUAAGUAGAAGCCCAGUUUAAAUCAUGUAAUGCCUGAAUAUCAAUUAUUACAUAAGGGACUUAUGCCUUUUGCACGUGUAGCGUUAUUAGUGACCAGUGUCGCUAAGUGCGAAAGAACAAUUUAACUAACAAGGUUUUUCAUUAACGUGAGAAUUUCUCGGAUUGCAAAGUGAAUUGAAAAUUUAAAUCUAAAAUAGCCAAACUGAAAACAGAAGUGAAUGUUUCUAAUUCGGCUCUAUUGUGCUAAUUUCUGAAAUUCACUUUGAGUUUCUGGCAGUUCUCACUUUUAAAUAUCCACGUCAUUGGUCUGUAAAGAGGUUGCUGUGUCACAAACACUGCACAGACUUUUAAAGUGCUCCUAAUCUAGAUAAUUUUAAACAAAUAAAACGGCUGGUUUUCACUGUAAGUUUCUUACUGGAUAUUGUCACUUUUUAACAUUCGAGCUGUAGGUUCCAUUAUUCAAAGAAAUGACCUUGAAAGAUGUGUUUGAGUGUCAUGUCGCCCAUCUCCAGACAUGGAUGUUGCUGAUUUUCACACCAUGCACCUAAAAUGGUUAUUGGCAAGCAUAACUCCAUGAAAUAUAAUUACACUUGCCAAAUGACCCUCUUCAUAGUUCAGUUUUAAGGUGGGAUUAAAGAGAGUUGAAUAUGAUAGGAGUAAUGGAGGUUGCCAGCAGGUCGAGCAGAAUGUUGUUGUAAGCGUAGAAAAAAUAUUCCUUUUUUAUGGAGUGUAUUUACAUUCAGCAGUAGUUCUGCAGUUACUUAUCGUCUGUGCCAUAGGCUGUGUCACUGCACUCUAAUAUGGGAUAUGCCCAUAAAUCCCAAGCAAAGCCUAUAAAAACCAAUGUUCCUAUGCACCAUAACUAAAGGAAAUUGUAUUUCUCUUUAAUGCACUUUCUAACUUUCACCUGCUAAACCAUUAGAUUAAAUUGUCCUUUGCAAUUUGAAUAUUUAUUCUUUUUCUAUAACGCUUUCUUUGCCGUUUAUGCCUCCUCAUUUAUUGACCUAUUAUUUAUAAAGGACAGCUAAACCUCAGUUUACAAAAAAAAAGUUAAGGAAAAGAAAAAGUUUUUGAGGUCAAGUUCACAUAGAAGCAUAGUGAAAACAAACUGACAAAUGAAUACAGACAAAAGUAUUGCUAAUGGUUAAGGGUUCCAGUUCAAACCCACAUUUUUGAGUUUCUACUUACUAAACUGUAGGUUGUCACGUAAUACAUUUCUUGUGUUCUUUAGGCCUGUAUGACCAAGGUGGAUACAAGGUAUGUGUGUGUGUGUGUGUGUGUGUGUACAGUAUCUCACAAAAGUGAGUACACUCUUCACAUUUUUGUAAAUAUUUUGUCUUUUCAUGUGAAAACACUGAAGACAUGACACUCUGCUACAAUGUAAAGUAGUAAGUGUACAGCCUGUAUAACUUGCUGUCCCCUCAAAAUAACUCCACACACAGCCAUUAAUGGAAAAAGAGAAAAAGGGUGACUAGCGCACACAGAGACAGGUAGAUAUUACCUUACAUAUACAAUAUCUCAAGUAACCACAUAAAACAGGUAGUUCUUGUAACCUAUAUACAAGUGAAUAAAACAUACAUAGUGUAACCUGUAUAUACAGAAAUAUCAAAGUGAGGAAUGUAUUUAGUCACACUCACAAUUUUCUGAGCCUUUUGAAAGUUGGCUCUAAACUUUAAGCGCUUAUCGUCUUAUCCUUGUGUGUGUGUGUGUGUGUGUGUGUAUGUAUGUAUGUAUGUAUGUAUGUGUGUGUGUGUGUGUGUAUAUAUAUAUAUAUAUAUAUAUAUAUAUACAAAUUAAAUAUCAGUAAAAAGCACAACGCGUUUCAACCUUCAAUAGGUCUUUUUCCAAGUGCAUCUAACUUAACAAUGAACUAGAAGGCUCUUAUAUACCUAAAGAUAACGAUGGACAAACUAUAUAAAUAGUUGCCAACAUAUGUGUAAAUUCCCACCCACUUCCAUAUAUGGUCACAGCCGGAAGUGUCACGCCAACCAAAAUCUGGCCGCACUUCCGACUGUGAACUACUCCCACCAGCCCUCCCCAACAUGUCCGUUUAGUUCUUAAUUCAUUCUCUGUAUAAUUCAGUCGGUUUCGUUCAUCCAGAACGUCACAUCCUUUAAUUCCAGGUCAUCACGUUCCGACCCGUCACUUCCUGUGACGUGUAUAUCAUGGGUCACGUGAGCGGUGUACGGAAUGUCCAUUAGAAAUAGGGCAAAAUGCCCUUAGUUCGUUUUAUUCAUAAGUCCGGAUACAGAAGAAAGAAGAAUAUAGAAUAAAUUAUUACUGAGUAUCAAUAUGUUACAUCCAUAAAACGAGUUUACAAUUAACCCAUAGUUUUUAAACUAAACAUAUAUUUAAAAUAGAGAGGCGUUAGGAGAAUACAAAAGGGUGGCUUAAAAUCACAGUAAAUUGGUGUAAGAAAGAAGAGAGUUUAAAAAGAAAAAUUUUUUUUUUAAAACCAUCUAAAAAAGAUCUAAAAAAAAUAUAUGUAUAAAAUAUCAAGUUAACUGUGAUAAAUAUUUUUCAUAAAAUGCUAUUGAUUUCAAAAUCGAUAUUAAGACCCAAGGGUGAUAAAGUGCGCAUUUCAAAUAUCCAUUUCACCUCUUGGGUACCUCAAUGAGACUCAAUUUUCUCUAUGGCACAAAAAUUCAAAAACUUCGGGUCUGAGUCAUGUUUGUCCAAAAAAUGUUUUGACACACUAUGGUUUAUGAAUCCUUUCUUAAUGUUUCUAACGUGUUCACCUAUUCGGACCUUCAAAGGCCUUGAUGUCUUACCUACAUACUGGAGGCCACAUGUACAGUUUAGUAGGUAUAUGACGUUAUUUGAAUGGCACGUAAUCAUCGAUUUAAUUUUAAAUUCUUUUUUAGUACUGAAAGAGUUAAAAAUAAUUACAUUUUUCUCUUUUAUAUUUGUACUUUUGCAUGCAUUGCACAUUCCACAGUAGUAAAAACCCUGUUGUUUUCUGGACCAACUCAUUAAAAAAUUACUAUUAUCUAUAGAUGUUUUCUCUAAAAAACUACUGUGCACCCCUAAAAAUAAAUUUGGGCUUGGGACCUAAAAAUUCUUGUACUUCCUCAUCCUGACCUAAAAUAUCCCAAUUUUUAUUUAUGAUUCUUAUGAUAGCACCUACAUUGCUCGAAUAGUUAAAAAUAAAGGGGAUCUGUUUCUUUUUUCCAUCUAUCACAGAUCUUUCUUUACUUUUAUACUUCAAAAGGGGAGAUCUUUCCAAAGAUGAUACUUCCUGAAUUUGGGUAUCCAAAUCUUUUCUAGGAUACCCCUUUUGUACAAAUUGUUUUUUCAGGAGUUCAGCUUGUAUAUUCGUGCAAUUCCUACGUAGUCUUAGGAAUUGUCCCCUGGGGAUAUUAGUCAACCAAGGUUUGUGAUGACAACUGCUAAUCUCAAUAUAGUCUUAGUGCCUCUCUCCACAACACCACUAGCCUCAGUGCCUCUCUCCACAACACCACUAGCCUCAGUGUCUCUCUCCACAACACCAUUACACUCUGAAAGUGCAGAAAAUGAAUUAUGCAGAGCAACAGACUGUGCAAAAUGCCUUUUAUCCACAACUCUAAGUCUACCAGAUCCUACAGUAAUCCAUCUGCCAUUCCUCGUAUGUCUCUGCGGCAGUGGCUUUGCAGCAGUUCCAGUCUGUUUGUUCACCAGAUAAUUUACAAAUCUCAGACUUCAAAAAUACAAUCUCCUGCCGCAAGAUAGAGAACUGUCUACAGAUAAGACAACAACCAAACCUCCAAAAAGUGGAACGUGAAACAAAUGCAUAGCAACUAUUACACUGAACUAAGUCUGCCAUUCCAAUUAGGAGAAUAAUUUAAAUCUAACAAAUCUUAACUUUGUAUUUAUCCUCCUGAAUACCUCAGAUUACCUCCAGUUUAUCUCCAGAAUAUCUCCAACUACACACUUAGAAACAGCACUUAGAAGUAGCAGCCAAGCUAAUGGCAACAAGCCUUAUAUAACUCCUAAAAUCACCACCCACUAGGAAUGUUUAACACCUGGGUAGGCCUCUGCUUAUUUGCGAACAAUAGCUAAUUAACCAGCAAUCAAUAUCAAAUAACUAGCUUAAUCAAAUCAAAUGCCUUAUAAUUACCAACAGGAAUUCAAACCUUGUGCAAUCAGUAACCUUUUCCUACAGAUGAAUCUUACCUGUAACAGUAGAAAAGAAAGCUCUUAGCACAACUCUUAGACAGUUGAAGCUUCUGUAAAACUCUCCAGAAUAUCUCCAGCUACACACUUAGAAACAGCACUUAGAAGUAGCACCAAGCUAUAUUAGACAAGCUAAUGAGACCAGGCCUUAUAUAACUCCUUAAAUCACCGCCCACUAGGAAUGUUUAACACCUGGGUAGGCCUCUGCUUAUUUGCAAACAAUAGCUAAUUAACCAGCAAUCAACAGCAAGUAACUAGCUUAAUCAAAUCAAAUGCCUUAUAAUUACCAACAGGAAUUCAAACCUUGUGCAAUCAGUAACCUUUUCCUACAGAUGAAUCUUACCUGUAACAGUAGAAAAGAAAGCUCUUAGCACAACUCUUAGACAGUUGAAGCUUCUGUAAAACUCUCCAGAAUAUCUCCAACUACACACUUGGAAGCAACACUUAGAAGUAGCACCAAGCUAUAUAAAUACAUUGUACCAGAGCAUCACGGGAGUAGCUGCGUAACUUGCACAAAAUGCCCUGUCUGUGCCUUUUCAGAACACUGUUAAAAUAUGAAUGGAGAGCGCUACUAUUUUAAAUACAUACUAAAAAGCCACAUAAAUAAUCCUCUAAUAGCUGCUUUUCAGAUCUAGAUUAAAAGGGGACGGGGCCAGACCGCCAUGCUGCCUGGUUGUAUGGAUAAACAGCUCCCUUGCAAACCUUUUGGCCCACAAAAGCGGUCUGACCCUUCAUCUGGCACCGACAAGCGGCAGAUACAUGCACUAAGUGGUGCUGGUCCUAAAUUUCUGCCUGAAAUUAAAGUAGUUUUUUUUGUUUGUUUUUUUCCGUAAGGGAAGAAAUUUAAGCUCUGUGACCAAGGCCUACUCAGGCGGUGAGUGGGCCGGACGGCCGCCGCUCUGCUAUCCUGCGUGUCUGAAACUAGCUGGACCUUUUAUUCUAAUUUGCGCUUAUACCAUAUAAGAUCGUGGCUGAGCAUAUUCCACGCUUCAUGGAAAUCUUAAUCUCUCUUGGGGCUCUGGACAACCUCAGCGGGCAAGGCUGCUCAACACUAGUGGAGUCACAUAGGGCUCAUGAGGCCCAGCCGACACCGAGGUCCAGAACAAAGAACAUCAGAGACCUACACAGUUGAGCUAUAUUUAAUUUUCUAGCAGAUCGCCCAAAGCACCGACCGAUACCUUUUUACUUAACAUACCUGGCUUAUCCGACUUGGCUUCCGCUCCACUGCUCGACGCAAUUCUCAAUGAGUCAUUACUCAGAACAAAGCAAAACUUCACUCUUGGCACUGAAGAGAGGCUGGCUAAAUGGUGGACUGGCUGCCUACUCACCGGCCUAAAUCUGCGAAUGGGGACUGUGUCCUACCGCUCGUUGAUCUCUCUGUGGGUAUUGGGGUGCCUCUCUAUGAGUUAACGUACAGCUGAUGCAGUAGUUAAUUUUCCUCCUCUGACUGGUGUGUGUGUCUCAACACGCAGAAAAUAGGAAACCCAGAAAAGGUGGAUUCGAAAGAUGUAAUACCGAGCCUUAGAAUGGCAGCCUUAACAUAUUAAAUUAGCAAGAAUCAAGGUCAGGGAUACAGAAAUAUACUAAGUCAAGUCAAAGCUGGGUCAGGAUACCAGAAAUCAUGAGUCAAAUAUGAAGCGGAGGUCAAACACAGGAAAUCACAAGGGAAUCUCUAGGAGCACUAAACGAGGAUCUGACCGAAACCAUGAUAGGGCAAAGAAUAGGGGCCAAAGCUUUAAACAGGCUUACCUGUGUACUGAUUGGUCCAAGUCAUCAUUGUGACUCAAAAUAGAUUAGGAUCACAAUAAUGACAUGGUCACUUUAAGAACAAGCGUGAAGUCACGCCUACACUCUAAGGCUGUCAUGCAGCGUGGCCGCAUGGAUUGGAUGGACCGUGCGUCAGGAUAUGGUGAGUGCACUAGAGUAUGCCGCGCAAACGGACUGUGCGGCUCGAGGGAGGUAAAUUCCCUUCACUUUUCUGCGCGUGUGUAGCGGUCGGACUACACAGCAUGAGGAGGGCUGCGCGGCUUGUGGGAGGUAAGUCCAUUUCUUUGUUAUCUAGUAUUACCUUAUUCUAGUAUUGCCUUAUUCCUAAUAUUUUCUUUUUCACGCUAUCUUGAUUUACCUGCUCAUAUCUGCUUUCUUUCAUUUUAAAAAAGUGCAGCAUUUCUUGCGUCUUAAUGAUUUCUCUUGUCAAUCAUGCUUAAGCUAAUGUGUCUCAAGCAUCCUGUAUUUUUAUCCCUGCACUACAAAAAGAAAGAAUUGAAAAAAAAUUAUCUGGAUUAAAAAAAAAAUACUCUUGUCUUAAAUGUACCUGACCCUCUUUAAUUCUGAAGUACUUGGACAGUCUGAAACGCUUGACAGGGAACUCAUCAACUUCACAACUGCCUCCUUUUCUCCUAAGAUAAUCGAUCUAUAUUACAAACGUGAACAUGUGGUUAAGAACAUCACAUUUAGGUGUGAAAUGGGCAGGUAAAUGAAAAGAUUCUAAAUGAACAAAAACAGAACUGAAUCCAUUCUAUAAGUCCCCAGGCGAUGAGGUUACAUCUGUUUGUGUUCUCUUUGUCUGCUUUCAAAUACGCGUACGUUUUAUCAGUGUAAAAUGCUUCUGUAGACAUUUCAAGUAUUGUUUACUUGCGGAUUUUUGAGAGAUAUUUACUUUGGCAGAAUCAUUCACAUUUUGUCAAUUUUCCCAUCAUGUAGGGUGUGAUUCUGGGCUUGGACAUGCACUAGCUAAACACUUGGAUGAACUAGGAGUUCUUGUAUUUGCUAGUGUUUUGGAUAAGAAAGGGCAAGGCGCUGAAGAACUAAGAAGGAUUUGUUCGUCACGGCUUUCCAUCAUCCAACUAGAUGUCACCGAUUCGGAGCAGAUAAAGGCUGCCUGCAGUGAGAUCAAGGGUCGAUUGCAAGGUGAAGGUACUGCCUUGUUUAGAUGUUAAGAUCCAUGAAUAAGGUUAAACUUUGUCUGUUAGUAUAGAGGUGUUUAUUAUUAUUAUUAUUAUUAUUAUUAUAAUGAUGAUUUUAGGCCAGAACUUUGUUACUUGACUUUUACAACAAUGACAUUCUUUUAUUAUUUUCGCUGCACAUUUACCUUUUUUAGAAUGUGUGUUGUAUCUACUAACAUUCACACACUACGUUUUGGUUGCUACAUAAAUGGGGAACCAACAUAUGUCUUCUUUUAAGAGAACAGUUAUUUUUUUAAAUCAACGGACACAAAUUGUUGUAAGUAAUUUUUACACAUGGCGCCAUAUUUUUGUGAUUUAACAUUUUUUAUUUUUUUUUACAAUUUUUUUUUUCAAUGUUGGUGAACAGGAGGAGAAAAAAAUAAAUGAAGGCAAUAGUUCUGUAAGCAUAUGUGCCAAAAAAGCAACAACUAUAAACAUAAACAUAGUGUGUUUCAUCCCAAUUAUGCUAGCGCAAGAGAGAUUAGACAGGAGACCCCCAGCUUUUAUUACACCCCCACCCCCCUCACCACUCACUGGUAAGUCCGUACUUAGAGUACAGGAGGGGCACUGGAUCACUAAGGGUGGCUUGUACAUUCAUAGCAAAUGCUUGCUAUCUCCUAGAAGCCUCUUUGUUGAUAUGUCAGGUCAUAGAGCCCUGUGAGAAAUUGCCCUCAAGGAGUUAUUAAACCAACAUGUAUUGGUUGGCAUAACCACCAUCUUUAAAACAGAUGCAAUCUUAAACGUAGCUAUGGAGAAUAAAUGGCAGCUGUGCUGUGAACCGUAGGUCUCUAAGACUGCACCAGUUUAAUCAGCUAAUCGACUUCUCUUGUAUAGUUAUUACCUGUGGCCCUCGGUUUGACCGGAUUUGCAGGGAAAAUAUUAAAAUGUAGAUUUGUCAGGCGAAAAAAAAGGGAAUAAUAAGAAUUAAAGCAAAUCCACUGGUGAAAAUGGUGACUGUUUUUUCCACAAGUACAAUAAGUAUAAACAAUCCAUGGCACUGCAGAGCUCAUGCAAUGUGUAACUUUUCCGCAUUAACGGCCAACUCCACCUGCCAUUACACAUUUUAAUUUAACUGCACUCACUUACAUUAAUUAUUUUUUUUAAUUAACAAAUGUCUCAACAAUCUACUACUACUAAUUCCUAAAAAUGUAAUAUAGAUGUUUUACACCCUCUGCUUGAUCACUGAACAAGACAACUUAACUGGCUGGACUACGCCAGCCAAUCCUAAUACUGACUGCAAUCGAAUACAUGACAAUGGUUAAUCCUGCCUACGUGUUGGUAAAGGUCACCUGUGAAAUAUCGAAUUAGAUUUAUUUUAAAGAGUAUCGGCACAUGUAUUGGUAAAAUUACCCAUAUCUGUUCUGUUUUUGAUCCUUUUUUUUAUAUUUUAUUUUUUUAGGGCUUUGGGGUAUUGUUCACAAUGCUGGAGUUAUUGGCUACAUCGCAGAUGGAGAGUUACUUCCUAUAAGUUUGUAUAAGCAGUGCAUGGAUGUGAACUUUUUUGGUGCUGCGCAUGUUACUAAAACGUUUCUGCCAUUAUUACGGAAAGCCAAAGGCAGAUUGAUUUGCAUCUCCAGCAUGGCAGGUAAGGCUCCCAGAGCGGAUAAUGCAAACAGUUUACUCACAUACGAAUGAGGAGAGAAUGAGGCGAGCAUGACUAUGGUUCUCAAUAGAACAAACUGAAUCCUCUAACGUACAAAGAUUUAGACAAACUUUCAUGUAUUUGUCGUAAAUACGUGCAGUCAUACGUUUUUGGUUUUCAUUCAGUGUAUAAUGUUUUAGUACCUAUACGUGGUUUAAACAGUGAGGCCUAUUUUUGCUCUGCUGAUUUACUUAUUAUUUCGAAACCAAUAUUUGAGGGUUUUUUUGGUGUGAGAAUGUAUCAAUUAUAAUCUUAUUGUUAUUUAAGGUUUGGAUUCACAGUUGUGGUUUGUAGUGUAUGUGAGGAUUCACAUAUUUUUUGUUGUUGAUAUCAAUUGAUCAUUUUUGUGUUAUUUGAGUGUGAUGUAGCACUUGUAUUUAAUAUUUAGGAGCAAAUCAUUUAAACAUUUAAUACCUCUCACUACUUAUAUUAGUUCAAUAAACUGGCUAUAUCUUUUAAUGAUUAUCUGUUCAACUUUUUUUUACUUUUAAAAAGGAUUUAUCACUAACCUGGACUACUUUGACACCAAUGGCACUCACAUUAUCCGAGCGAUCAGACAAUCAUUUCUUAUCCUUGCCAAGUGAUUUGUUGGGAGUUAAACUGUCAAUCUGUUUAAAUCCCAGGUCCUGAUUGGCUGCUGGCAGCAACUGUUACAAUGAGGGAGCUUUAUCAAAGCGUCCGACAGUUUUGCUCCAUUUAUAUAUUUUUUUAAAUAUACACCAUUUUUGGGAUAUGCAAAGGAUUCCGCAAACUUCCUUCAGAAAAGUGUUCUGCUUAAUUGUUCUCAUUUGUAACCACUCUGAAUUUGACAGUCCAUUCUGCAAAAAAUGCAAAAAAAACUCAUACAUUUCCCCUAGUAGUGUGUCUGAAAAAUUGUGAUGAGUUUUCCUUUUCUAUAAAAAAACGGCCAUUUCUACAAGGGGUGAUUACUUCUAACCGUACUACAGCAUGGUUCAGUUGAAAAUAUCUGUUUGUCGGUAGUAUUGUUUUAAAGGGACACUGCCCAAUUACAAAAAAUAUUAUACACACAGGACCUGUAUUAUGCAGAGAGCAGCACUAUACAGGGAGCACUGACCGGCCCAGGAUAUUAUACACACAGACCUGUAUUAUGCAGAGAGCAGCACUAUACAGGGAGCACUGACCGGCCCAGGAUAUUAUACACACAGACCUGUAUUAUGCAGAGAGCAGCACUAUACAGGGAGCACUGACCGGCCCAGGAUAUUAUACACACAGACCUGUAUUAUGCAGAGAGCAGCACUAUACAGUGACCGGCCCAGGAUAUUAUACACACAGACCUGUAUUAUACAGAGAGCAGCACUAUACAGGGAGCACUGACCGGCCCAGGAUAUUAUACACACAGACUUGUAUUAUGCAGAGAGCAGCACUAUACAGGGAGCACUGACCAGCCCAGGAUAUUAUACACACAGGACCUGUAUUAUGCAGAGAGCAGCACUAUACAGGGAGCACUGACCGGCCCAGGAUAUUAUACACACAGACCUGUAUUAUGCAGAGAGCAGCACUAUACAGGGAGCACUGACUGUCCCAGAAUAUUAUACACACAGGACCUGUAUUAUGCAGAGAGCAGCACUAUACAAGGAGCACUGACUGUCCCAGAAUAUUAUACACACAGACCUGUAUUAUACAGAGAGCAGCACUAUACAGGGAGCACUGACUGUCCCAGGAUAUUAUACACACAGACCUGUAUUAUACAGAGAGCAGCACUAUACAGGGAGCACUGACCGGCCCAGGAUAUUAUACACACAGACCUGUAUUAUACAGAGAGCAGCACUAUACAGGGAGCACUGACCGGCCCAGGAUAUUAUACACACAGACCUGUAUUAUACAGAGAGCAGCACUAUACAAAGAGCACUGACCGUCCCAGUAUAUUAUACACACAGACCUGUAUUAUACAGAGAGCAGCACUAUACAAAGAGCACUGACUGUCCCAGUAUAUUAUACACACAGACCUGUAUUAUACGGAGAGCAGUAUUAUACAGAUAGCUGAGGAGAUACCCCAUGUCCCAAUCUCUAGACCAGGGAUAGGAAACCUUCGGCACCCCAGAUGUUGUGGGCUACAUCCCCUAUAAUGCUCUUACACCCAUAAUGCUGGCAAAGCAUCAUGGGAGGUGUAGCCCAAAACAUCUGGAGUGCCAAAGGUUGCCUAUGCCUGCUCUAGACUACUAGUACCUGUCAACAGCAGCUCCUAAAUGUGUGUAACAGGGCUGGGCAAUGUAUGCCAGCCCUAUGUAUUAUAUAUUAUACAGUAAGCACACAAGCUCACUGAUACACAGGCUCAAAGACAGACAAGUUCACUGACACAAACUCACUAAUACACACAAAUAGGCUCACUGACAGACAAAACUCUCUGACUCACACACAAGCUUACUACAGACAAAUUUACUUGUAUAGACACACAAGGCUCACUACAGACAAGUUCAGUGACACACACAAGCUUACUACAGACAAGCUCAGUGAUACACACAUCCCCACUAAAUACACGUUCACUGACACACAUAUGUUCACUGACACACACAAGCUCACUAAAUACAAGCUCUGACACACCCAUGCUCACUACAGACAAGCUUACUGACACAUACAAGCAGUGCCAUCUUAACAGCGUUAUGGGCCCCUGGGCAAAGCAAGUGCACUGUGGCCCUUCCUACACAACAACUUACAGGAAUAAAAAUGUAAAUUAUCAAUAAAAUGAAGCUUAUAUAUAUUGGUACCUCCAACAAAUACAAUACAUACAUACACGCAAACUGCUGAAUAAAGUCAGACUGCUGAACACAUUUACACACAGACUGUUGAACACAUUCACACACAGACUGCUGAAUACACACAGAAUGGUGAAUACAUUUACAGACUGCUGAAUACACACACACACACACACACACACACACAGACUGCUGAGUAUACAUAAACAGACUGUGGUACACACAGACUGCUGAGUACAUACACACAGUACACUGAAUACACACACACAUACUGCUGAAUACACAUAGAAUGCUUAAUACAUACACAAACUGCUGAAUGUACACAGGCUGCUGAAUACACACACACUGCUGAACACACACAAAGAGACUGCCGAAUACACACAUGAUUCUUUCUACACACACACAGACUGCUGAAUACACCCAGACUGCAGUGAGGGGACCAGUGUAUGUGUUUGAGGGGUGCAGUGUGUGUGAGUAGGGCAGUGUGUGAGGGGUGCAGUGUGUGUUUGAGGGGUGCAGUUUGUGACAGUAGCUGUGUGUGUAAUGGGUGCAGUGUGUGACGGGUACUGUGUGUGUGUGUGUGAGGAGUGCUGUGUGUGUGAUGGGUGCUGUGACCUGGUGGUCCGCAGUGCUCUACAGCCUGAAGCUCAUCUGGCUGGAGGAUGUCUUUACUUCUCCCGUGAGCAGAAUGUGGUGUUGGAGCGUUGCCAUGGUAACACACAUCAACGCUCCGCACAGCAUGUUCGUGGGAGGAGUGCUCUGCCUCCCAGCCUCCCUGUCACAAGAAAAGCGCCUUUGGGCCGGUGAGGGAGAUCUUUGAUCUUCUUACUGGCCAGAGGGCCCAUAGCAAAAAAGCAGGUCUCCUUUGUUGGCCUGGAUACAUGGGCAUCACGCUCUGCCUCCCAGGUCCUCCCUGUCACUAGCGAAUGGCCUUUGGGCUGGUGAGGGAGAUCUUUGAUCUCCUCACCGGCCAGAGAGGGCCCAUAGCACGAAAGCAGGCCUCCUCUGUCGGACUGGGCACAUGGGCAUCACAGUGGGGCCCUCAUGUUUGUGGAGUCCCCGGGCAACUGCCCAGCGUGCCCAUGUGGAAAGAGGGCCCUGCACACAAGCUCACUAAAUACAAGCUUACUACAGACAAGCUUACUGACACACAAGCUUUCUCACUAGCACACACACACCCUCAUUAUUUUAAGCCUACCUGGCACUGGAGGCUGUUGCUGGGAGGUCAGGUAGUCAUCUCAGGCAAGGUCUGCUGCUUAGCGGGGGACGAGCUUUUGUGCAGGAGGCGGAGUUAACACACAUGGGUGGCGCUUGCGUUGUGUCUGCAUUUGCGAGGUGGCGCAGGAGCCUGUGUGCCGGGAAGCUGCUGUGAAUACGGAAGGGAGACUCUCAGGGCUCCCUCCCACACCCAGCAGUCUCAAUGCAGCCCCCAGCACUUUUUUAUAGCCCCCAGCAUCUCUCUCCUGAAUUCCCUCAGACUGUAACAGCAAAAUAAAUAAAAGCACAUGGCCCUGCAAGUUGCCGGGACUAUCCCGGGAGAGUAAAUUGCCCGAGACAGACUCCAGCAAAAACAGGACAGUUGGCAACUAUGGAUCAUGUGCAUGUGUGUAGGUAGCGGUUAUCGUGUGGUGUGAACCAUAACAAUCCCCAAAAUCGCUCAAUUCCCCCCCAAUCAAACUAGGAAACGUAUAUAUGUGGUAUAAAAAAGGCCACAGCUUUAUUUAUAAAUUAACAAACAACUGUAAAUAAACCAACCAUAAAUAAUUUAGGUGUAAGUAUGCUUAUCUUCAAACUAGUCCUUGCCAACCGUACCACCAAAACUCUAGGGUACACCCCCCACCAAGGCAUCGGCCCUCCCCCCUCGUCCAAGAUACCUGGCCUUCACUUUGGCCUUCAAACUCCACAUGCCAACCCCUGGCCACCUUUCCUGGCACGGAGGGCACGCCCAAAUACCCAAAACAUUUUCGAGGUCAGGGGAGGGACCCGACCCAGCAUCUUUCUUUUUCUUUACUCCUCUUCCCAAUAGGUUCGGCAAGGACCAUACCCGCCGGCUGUGACAAGAAAAAAUUGUUAAUGACAAACAGACAAACAACGCAAACAAACAGGGGAGGGAGGGAGGGGACUAGUUACCUUGCCGUUAAAUUUAAGAUGGCUGAGGUAGCAGACAAAAUGUCACCUAUUUAUAUGACCCCACCCUACUCCUUAGCUAAAUCACACACCCAUACUUCCACCACACCCACCACACCCACACAUGCCUCCUAUCCGGCUAGCUUUCAGCCCGCCUCCUCUGGGCCUUGUGUGUAGGUAGCGGUUAUCGUGUGGUGUGAACCAUAACAAUCCCCAAAAUCGCUCAAUUCCCCCCCAAUCAAACUAGGAAACGUAUAUGUGGUAUAAAAAGGCCACAGCUUUAUUUAUAAAUUAACAAACAACUGUAAAUAAACCAACCAUAAAUAAUUUAGGUGUAAGUAUGCUUAUCUUCAAACUAGUCCUUGCCAACCGUACCACCAAAACUCUAGGGUACACCCCCCACCAAGGCAUCGGCCCUCCCCCCUCGUCCAAGAUACCUGGCCUUCACUUUGGCCUUCAAACUCCACAUGCCAACCCCUGGCCACCUUUCCUGGCACGGAGGGCACGCCCAAAUACCCAAAACAUUUUCGAGGUCAGGGGAGGGACCCGACCCAGCAUCUUUCUUUUUCUUUACUCCUCUUCCCAAUAGGUUCGGCAAGGACCAUACCCGCCACUAGCCCCAGCUGCAUUUACGCCUAAAUCAGCGGGCGCGACCCCCAAGCAACGCCAUGGCCUGUUCCAACGCGUCCUGUAGCGCUAAAUUAAAUAAGUCCAAGCCUACGUCAGUUAGAUGGACCCCGUCCGGGCGAAAAUAGAUUGCUGCCUCGCGCUCAAAAAUACGGUGUCGCACUGUUAAGCCCCCGACGCCUAGGACAAAUUUGGAAACCCGCUUAUUAAUCUUGACCCUGCAGCGCUCAAUAGCACCCUGAUCGCGUGCGCACUUCCAAUAGUUCCUAGAAACGAUAUCCGACCAUAUUAAACAAAGUCGUGGAAAAAGCACACGCAAGCGCGCCAAAUCUCGCCUGAUGAGUUCCCCCAGCCCCCACGCAGGCAGGGACCCCAGAUCGUUCCCCCCCAGAUGCACCACCAAGAUGUCCGGGGCUCCUAAUAAAGUGGAUAACUGCACGACCUCCGGUAAUAGCUGACCCCAUCUCAUGCCCCGGAACCCGAACCACCGGACCUCCGCCAGCUCCCGAGGUAUUCCGAGCCGUGUCCCACCCGGGCGUACCCCAGCCCGCAGGUGAGCCCAGUAGAUGUACGAAUGACCGAUCAACCAGAUCCGUCGGCCAGGCCCUGUGGAGAAAACACAAGGGGGACACCGAUCAGACGUGUGGGCCGUACAUAAGACCGAAACCUCCCCGAUUCCCAUCUGCCAAUCCUCUGAAUGGCCUGGUCCGAAAAACCUAAACGGGAGGCUUCAGUUGCGGCCCCAAUUCGAAAAGAAUGUCCCCCAAAGUCUGCACUCGAAAUACCCAGUUGGUCGAGUGCCAACCGAAAGACCCGAAGAAAUUGGAACCGAGAAAGGAAGGAACCGUCCCCAUGAAUUAGUAGAGGGCCCUCAACGUCCGGGCGACCAAGACAAUAAGACUGAAAAGAUGCGACAGGGCAGACAGCCGAACCCGGAAUAGCGCGGAGGGUAACCCAUGCCCCUUUGCCGAAGAUGUCGGUUUUGGACCUUCGUACCAAAAAACGCACUGAAUCCGACACCACAGACACAUCGUUGAACAACAAGCCCCCCGGGAUCCGUUUGCUAGGGCUCACAAGCUCACCGAUUCGAAGGGCGCCGAAAAAGGCGAAAGUAAAAGCCAACUGGAACAAACGUGCCUCCGAAUCUGAAAAACAAACCCUGGGUAAGACCGACGCAAUGCCUACUAGCAGAGCGCCAGAAACCGGCCUCCGAGAAUCCCGCAGGUGUGGGCCCUUGCGCCAGCCGCGCAUCGCAAGCCGAACCAUGCAGUCCUUGGUAACGUCAGGCACCUUAGUCAAGUUGAACCAGAAACUAAGACCGGAUAGCUUCCCUGAAACCGUAGCCGGAGAACACCCGCUAGCCUCCCAGAACCAGAGCAACCGUAAGAUCCCCUGAACCCUUGCAGAGGUCGAAUCAAAUCCACCUAGGUCUUGUUCCAAAGCAACCCAGUCCCCCCAUGCCUUACCGUACCGAACCCAAGUUGCCUCAGACACCGAAGACCGAAUCCAUUCCCUUAUCCGCUCAGGCCAAGGGACCAUAAGUCUCUGGGACAGGGGAGGCCUUCCGUGUCCGCUUCCGGCGCGGCCAAACGAAACACCUGCCAGUGGAAACGAGAAAGAGCAUCAGCCGUGGUAUUCUCCACACCAGGGAUAUGCACAGCGCGGCAAGUCACAUUAAAAGACAGACAUUGUAAAACCAAGCGCCGCAAGAGCCGAACUACAGGAGGGGAGGAGGCCGUUAGCCUAUUAAUGGCUUGUACAACGCCCAUGUUGUCACAGUGGAACACAACACGCCUGUUCUUGAUCUCUGGCCCCCAAAGAUGGAUAGCCACCACAAUGGGGAAGAGUUCCAAGAAAGCCAUGUUCUUGGUCAGGCCAGAGGUGAACCACGAUUCGGGCCAGGGCUCCGCACACCAUUGCCUUCCCAUGAUAGCCCCAAAUCCCAAGACCCCGCGGCAUCCGUAAACAGGUGCAGCACCGAGUUCGUCACCUCGGGCUGCUGCCAGUAGGACCUGCCGUUGUACCCAUCCAAAAAGACUGCCCAUACUGCCAAGUCCUCCCUGAGCGCCUUGGUCAAGCGGACGAAGUGAGACGGUUUCAAAAUCCCAGCCGUAGCGGCCGCAAGGCGCCGGUUGAACACCCUGCCCAUCGGCAUAAUCCGACAGGCAAAGUUCAAUUUGCCCAAUAGGGAUUGAAGUCGCUGCAACGUAAUUUUUCGCAAAGUGGUCGCCACUCGCACCACCUCCCGAAGAUCAGCCAAUUUAUCCAAUGGGAGCCGACAUUCACCAACAACGGAAUCAAUCUCGAUCCCGAGAAAGCACAGGCACGUAGAAGGGCCAAUUGUUUUUUCUGGUGCCAGCGGCACUCCGAACUCGCAAGCAACAUCCGCUACUGCUUGCAGGAGGUGCGCGCAUAUCGGGGAGCGCGCAGGGCCAACACAGAAAAAAUCAUCCAGGUAGUGAAGCAAGGAAUCGUAACCGGAUUCCGCUCUAACUACCCAUUCCAUGAAGGAACUAAAACAUUCGAAGUAAAAACAGGAUAUCGCACAACCCAUCGGGAGGCACAUGUCCACGUAAUAAUGACCUUCGAAUAUACAACCCAGGAGGUGGUGGCACUCCGGGUGAACCGGUAGGAGGCGAAAAGCCGACUCAAUGUCCGUUUUUGCCAUAAGUGCCCCGGGGCCAGCAGCCCUGACCAUAUCCACCGCCGCGUCAAAGGACGCGUAGGAAACGCGGCACAAUUCAGCGGCAAUGUCAUCAUUCACCGAGCCCCCUUGAGGAUGCGAUAAAUGGUGAAUCAGCCUAAACUUGCCUGGUUCCCUUUUGGGUACCACACCCAGUGGUGAAACCCUCAAAUCGAGUAGUGGAGGCUCUCGAAAGGGGCCCGCCAUGCGACCCAGCGCUACCUCCUUAGCCAAUUUUUCCCUUACCACCCCCGGGUGAUCGGCAACUGAUCUCAGGUUCCGGCAGAAGCCGGAGACCUGCCGGGCCCGGUGAGGGAUCCAAAACCCUUGUCCAAAACCCUCCAAUAACAAGGCAGCCGCCUUCUUAUUGCUAUAACGCUUUAGCCAAGGGCGCAUCGCGUCUACGUCCACCGGCGUCCUCGCCCUUAGCGCCCAUGGCAUCUCCUUUGUCGCCGGUCCUACCUCGCUUGAAGCAUUUUGAUGCUGGGUGGGAACCGCCGCACCCGGAACAUUCAUGCUUGAAGCGGCAGGCGGAACCGAACUUACAUUGGCCGUCGUUAUAUUGCCAACAGUACCCAGUCCUCCGCUGAGUGGCCGACGCUGAAGAUGAGGACCCAGCGCCGGCCCCCCCAAGAAAGGACGAAAGGCCCCCUUGAUGCGAAGCUGGGCGGGUCAUGAUGGCCAACCACAAGCCGAUAUCCAUUUGAUCCCAACUCGUGGAAGGGCAAACCGCCAAACGUUGGCGGAACUGUUCAUCAUACCGCCACCACCCUAGCCCGCCAUAAACCCGACAGGCAUUCCAUAUCAUGUCCUGGUAGCAAAAUAGGGAAGAGCAUUUACUGGGAGUCUUUUCACCUAUCACGCUAGCUAGGAUAGAAAAAGCCCUAAUCCAGUUACCAAAAGUUUUCGGAAUCUUCCGAUACCGAAACUUCUCUUUGUCUUUUUCAGACUCUUUUGCAUCUGCAUCCACCCGAGGAAGAUCUUCCAAAGGGAGGAGGGAAAAAAUUUCAACAAAUUCUCCUUUUUCUAUUUUAGCCCUCAAAUCAGGCGUCAGAUGGAGGCCCAAAGGGCCUGACCAGCACAUGUACGCUGCCCCAUGCGCAGCGGGUGCUACCCCUAAACCCGAGACAACCGCGGUGACCCCCGUAGGACUCGCUGAAGAAUCAGCUGUUACUAGCGGAGGCGCCGCAGCCAGAGGGAUGGUGACCUGCGUAGAAGCGUCGGGUAACGCUGCCGCAACCCCCGCAACCUCACAUCCUGCGGAACUAGCCCAGCCCGCCCGAAGCUGGCUAUCCACGGCCGUUGGGGGGGGAGCCCCAGGGCGAGAUCCCCGCUCAAGAGUUACAAGAGCAUUCCUUAUCGCUUGGAGCACCGAACCCCAUUCUUGCGACUCGCGUGCGCCAGCGCCCCCUGAUUCUGAUCCGGCAAAAGCAGAAUACUCACCGGCAGGAGCCGAAUUGGAGGGUAGGAGCGGAACCGCGACUUGCGAGGGAACUGCGACCGCAGGAAGCACCGCACCAGACACAGCGUCAGGGACCCGGUUAGCGAGCUGACCUGGAAGAAUCUGCGAAGACAGGACAGGUGAGAAAAAACCCGACCCACCCGUCCCAGGUGCUGGAAGAUGCGCAGUAGGGGGGGGCAACCCUGGCAAAUUAGUAGAUAGGACAGGGGCACCAGAGGGUGGGACAGGGGAACCAGGGAUUGGGAUAGCCAUGCCUGAGGUAGCCCCAGGGGGGUUACCAUGGGCCCUAGGUAAAGGUGGGAGGGGGAGGGGGGAAUACAAGUGGGUAGGCUGGACGGAUGAGGGUAGUGUGAGUGGCUGGACGGAUGAGGGUAGUGGGAGUGCAGGAAAGGCAGGCCCAGGGGAGACAGAGGGGGGAGAAGGAGAAGGGGGGGGGCUGUGACAGUUGAAAGAUGGGCCUGGCGCUGGGCCCCUACCCCCCGAACACCCCAACCCCCUCCCGAAAUCCCCGGUGGCCUGCGGCCCACUUACCGCCCUGGAAGGAGAGGUGGAUGCAGGCCCAACCUGUGCGCGCCCUGCCCGAGAUCCGGAGGGGGCAGAGCGCAAAUCAGGCACCCGGCGCGCCGGCCGGGCUGGAUUAGCCGACCGGGAGCUCGCGGCCGCCCUUCUGAGGGCCCGCGAGCCGAUGGUAAGAGGUCCUGGGCGGCUGUCACCUCCCCGAGCAGCGGCCGCCAGACGGGCACUGCGCGACCGCCUCGGGGAGGAGGAGAGAGGCUGCAGAGAUGUGCCGGCCGCGGCCACAUGAGAGCUGGCGCGCGUGCCGGCACUGAGGAUCCCACUCCCGCCCCUCACCCGGCCCUCUCGCGAGGAGCUCGGGGAGGAGACAGGAGGAUGGCUGAUAGAUGCGCCGGCCGCGGCCGCGUGGGAAGCAGCCCGCGGACCGGCAGCCUGACUCCUGCCUCCAGCCCCUACCCGGCCUGCUCGCGAGGGGCUCGGGGAGGAGACAGGAGGAUGGCUGAUGGCAGCUCCGGCCGCGGCCGCGUGGGAACCGGCCCGCGGACCGGCAGCUGUGCUCCUGCCUCCAGCCCCCACCCGGCCUUCCUGUGAGGGGCUCGGGGAGGAGGCAGGAGAAUGCCUGGUGUCAGCGCCGGCCGCGGCCGCGUGGGAACCGGCCCGCGGACCGGCAGCUGGGCUCCUACUUCUGGCCCCCACCCGGCCCUCCCGUGAGGGGCUAUAACGGGUGGGGGGACGCGCCCGGCGGCGCGGAGCUCCAUGGCUGCCGGGAGGGGGAGCAGCUACCACAGAGGCACCCUGCAGCCUUGCCAGCUGGGCCUGCAGGUGCCUGCCACCGUCCUGGAGGGCCUCAGCCCUAAGGGCAGCAAGGAUGCCUUCAAUAUCCAUGCUCCUGGCCGUGAGGUAAGCAAAGUAACUACGGGCUAGCACAGGGGACUAGUUUCCUUGCCGUUAAAUUUAAGAUGGCUGAGGUAGCAGACAAAAUGUCACCUAUUUAUAUGACCCCACCCUACUCCUUAGCUAAAUCACACACCCAUACUUCCACCACACCCACCACACCCACACAUGCCUCCUAUCCGGCUAGCUUUCAGCCCGCCUCCUCUGGGCCUAGUACAGAUAAAACCAUUUCUACAUAUUGUGCUUUAUCAGUCAUUCAUUUUGCACAGCACAGCAAAUGUUAUCAGUCUUUGCUUCUGCACAGCAUAUGUGAACAUUUACCUCUGUCUUGUUCUGAUGUUUUUACAAUCUGUUCAGUUCUUUUUUUGAAAAUAGUAUGCUAUAAUGGUGGAAAUGUUAUAACCCAGGCUGCUAUACUCUCUCAGACAGAGAAAAUCACUUUGUCAGAUUUCCAACUUUGAAAUAGACAUCUAAUAUAUUUGACCCUGUGACUUUCCCAAAAAACAUGGACAACUGGUACAUGGGGGUACUGUUAUGUUCAUGAGACAAUCUUACAUCAAAAUACUGAGGCUUUAUUGCACUAACUCAUAUCAGGAUUAUAAAAUGUCCUGUGAAAAUGGAGUUCAUGUGUGCGAAUAAAACAAACCAAAAAUAUAACCACUAAAUCAGGCUUCCAAUUGUGAUAAAAGUGACAACAUAGGCCCAGCAAGCCAAUCUGCAAAAUUUUAUUGUGUAAAAACUUUGAUCCUGUACAUGUGGGGCCAGUGUUGUACUCGUUGGACACUACAGCAUACAAAUAUGUGAAUGCCUAAAUACCGUUUUACUGCCAUAAAAACGGGUUAAGAUGUUGUGCAGAACUUGUAAAUUAGCAUAUUAAAUUAUGUUUCAUUUAAACAUAUUUGAAGUGAAAUGAAAUCCCUAUGUCUCCUGAGCACAAUGAUAUAUAAUAUGUGUGGGUGCACUUAAUAUGAAAGAGGUCAGUUAUGGUUGAACAGACACAUAGCUCAAAUUCUAGGGUUUCUUUUGGACAGAACUUGUACAAUUGCCUCCGUCCAUAACGGGUUAAACAAUAAAUCUCUGGUUUUGUCUUUGUGAUAACCAUCACAUAUAUGGCUGUGUGCUUGAAAAACUGUGAUUUAAUUCCUAGGCCACCACCCCCAAGUAUAAUUAAUGUAAACUCGCCAAGUAGUAAUUAAAGUUAAGUUACCAUAGCUCCAUUAGAUAAAAAUAAAAUGUAACUGCUGACAAUAUUCUGUAACAAGUUCACCUUUCCUGCAGGACACAAUGUCUUGGAGAGAAAUUACGGUAUUACUAACAGACUCAUGCGUGUGCAUUAAACUCCAAUAUUGUGUGUAGGAAAUUGUUCUAUUGUUAUAAAACGAGAAUAGGCAAAUGCAUUAGAAUAUUUUAGAAAAGGGCAUUAGGAAGAUUCACUCAUGCCCAUAACAGUUUUAAAUUGAUUUAUACAGAGAAAUAUUUAUUGGACAGAUCCGCGUUAAGAUAUUUAUUUGUACAGAAUUAUUGAAUGAUAAAAUUGCUCUUACUCUUUAAUCUGUUAUUCAUUUCAAAUACAGUUUGUAGGGCUUGUUUGUGGACAUGAAAAUGCAUCAGUCGAAAAAUAUUGCUGAUUAUAAUGUUGAGAUGAAGGGGGGGCGAGCGGAUGUGAAAAGACUGACAGCACACUUAUGAGAGUUACUGUGCACCUGCGGCCUUCUUUUAGCACUUUCUACCCGAGCUCAAAUCAUUGCACACUGUUUUCACCAAGUCAGUCACGUACAAAAGCAUUAAUGGAUGGAUCAAUCAAAGCUUUAAAGCCAAGUCUUGCAUCUUUGCUAUUAAUUAAUGAACUCAUUAGUUUGUCAGACCUAGCUUGUCAUCGUUAGUUAAUUGGCUUUUUGAUUAUUUAAUUAGUUCACUGUGUGAUUAUAAUUGCACAUAGAAAAAAAUAAUAUAUAUAAUAUAAAUUUUUAUACACAUAGAAUACUGCAUUUUUACUUUUGGAACAAGUGUAAAUAUUGUAUCUUUUAUGGAGGUUAAUUUACUAAAUUUUGUGGAGAAUUAAGAGCUACAAAAAUUAGGAAAAUAGUCAGAUUGUGUUAAAAAUACAUUGGCUAUUUUAGGCUGCAAUUUGCAAUCCCAAUGUAAUUUCUUCAGUUACUGGAUUAGUGACUAAACACCAGUUUGAUGUUUAAAUGGAUAGUCCACUACUUAAAUAAAAAGUAAUUAACAUCACUGUUUAGUAGUGCUCUUUAUUAUACAAUUUUUUUCACUGGGGUAAAUCUCUUGUCUGCAGCCUUUGCAACCCCUCCCCUUCUAACCCCGCCCAGACUUUCUGUGGCCGUCCAAUCACAGAUAUCCUAUUGCAGCUCAACAAGAAUUCUUUGCACGGCAGGUGCUCCGGGCAAUUCCUGCCUCUUUCCACUGAGAUAAACUACCUGGAAAUUUUGCUCACUUGUGCCAUUGAAGGGUUUCCCCAGCAUUCUGGACGCCAGAACCUGUGGCUCUGCUCCAUUUAUGUUGCAAUGUGUGCGCCGAUUACAUCAAGCUGCAUUUAUGUUGGGAGACAUGUUUUGGGUCAUGGCUACCUACAUAAUGAGUCAGCCUAUAAUUAGGUAGUUAGGGCUUUGUGCUAUGCCCUUUUGUGAUUCUAUUUCAGUCCCAACUGCGCAUUAUAUAUAACUACUAUUGUCUAUAUGCUUUUAACUUUGGCUUAUCCAGAUUACUCUGUUCUCUAUUUUCCUUGAAUAUUCUAUUUCAUUCCCCUGAUUUCUGGUUCCCUUUGACCUUGACCUGUCUCUGACCAUUCUCUACCUGAAUUUAAGUACAGUCUGGCCACUCUAAGAACCUACAUACUAUCCCCUUUGUAAGAUACACUUUGCAUGUUGGCUCUGACUAUUGGUAGUUAGUAGACCAAUAGACCAAAUCAUUUUUUUUAAAGGGUAGAAAAAAUGUUCGAGCAUUAAGGAUUGCUGUAAAUGCAGUUUUUUAAGGACUAAAAUACUUUUGUCUGGCUUCCAGGAUUAGAUGGCCAGAGGAAGGGGAUUACAAAUCGUUGUAGGAGGCCAAUGUGUUUAUUAGUACAGGAAGAUUUUAACAUUGUGCAAUUAGACAAACCACUCAUUCAGGAUUAGUGUGCAGCGACGUACUCCUUUUUAAGUGAUACUGUGAAUGCAUGUUCUGGCUUGUUAUCUGAUAAAAGGGUUUUUGCACAAUGAACUGUACAUGUGGUUAUGUUUCCUGAAUGCGCGUACAUUAGAAUGCAGUGAAAGAGCUAGACUCGAGGUUACUGUGACCUGUAUAAAAGUUAUUAACUUCAAUUGGGAUCAACAUUUCAGAGAAAAGUAGAAAUAGUUAUCAUUAAAGUACUCCGUGCUGAGGAAUCUUCCAAAUCGAGGUGUUCUGACAAGCACUGGCAAUGCAAGCACAAAGAGAAAACAUUUUUGGAAUAAUUUAUUAAAAAAUAAAAUUAUAUUUGGCAGCAACGCAGAAUGACGUGUGAUAAUAAAAAAAAUUGGGGGUUAUUCGUGGACACACUGAGUUUUAGCUGAUAGCGGAGUUGGAAAAUUGCUUUAAUUUUUGUUCAAAUUGUCAACUCACUGUUUGGUGAAUAAAUCCAAAGUGCAGACGUAGGAAUCACUAUCUCUGAUAACAAAAAAGGAUCAGGCAUUUGUCUGCAUUUCAAGUGACCCCUGUUGGUAAAGGAAUACUCUGGGAACCAUAACAUCUUCAUUUCAGUUAAAGGACCACUAUAGUGCCAGGAAAACAUACUCGUUUUCCUGGCACUAUAGUGCCCUGAGGGUGCCCCCACCCUCAGGAUCCCCCUCCCGCCGGGCUGGAUGGAGAGGAAGGGGUUAAACUUACCUCUUUCUCCAGCGCCGGGCGGGGAGCUCUCCUCCUCCUUGGCUGAAUGCGCAUGCGCGGCAGGAGCUGCACGCGCAUUCAGCCAGUCUCAUAGGAAAGCAUUUACUAUGCUUUCCAAUGGACGCUGGCGUCUUCUCACUGUGAUUUUCACUGCUGUCAAGAGACAGCCGCUAGAGGCUGGAUUAACCCUAUUAUAAACAUAGCAGUUUCUCUGAAACUGCUAUGUUUAUAAAAAAAAAAAAAGGGGGUUAACCCUAGCUGGACCAGGCACCCAGACCACUUCAUUAAGCUGAAGCUGGGUGCCUAGAGUGGUCCUUUAAGUUUUUUUAUGGUGCCUGCAAAUCCUGGGCAGUAUCUUUCCUUACAGGUUAAACCAUUUACAAACUGUUUAAACCCAAAGUGUUGGAUGCUUCAAUGAGGAAGCGUAUUGCCAUUUUUUCAACUUUGUAGUUACAAAGUCAAUAAACCAGGGAUUGACAAAUCUAUUUGGAAUCUAAGAGCCAGCUAAAAUGCUUUACGAUGGGAAAGCAUUGGCCUGACUGAGAUCAUCAAGAUUGAUUACCUGAGCCAUGGAGGUGGAGACCUGCACAGCUGAUUAAAAAGGUGAGUAAAAUAACCUUUCCCAUGCGAUUGGAGGGGGGCCAGUCACCGAAACAAACACUCUCACUGAUCUGACACACACUGACUGAUACACUCUCAGAAAGACAGACACACUCACGGACAGGCAGACACUCUCUCUCUCUCACACACACACACACUUAGAAAAUAUUUUUUAAUUUAAGUCCACCCAGCCCUCCUACCUUUUGAGGGAGCUGGAGUGGAUUGGCAUUCACUGGGGUCGAGUGGGGCUUGCGUAAUCUUCCUGCUCUGCUCCCUCUUCGGUCGUUUACUGAUGCCAAGACCGGAGUGAGGUCACAUUCCAUAUACAGGUAGUCUUCACUUUACCACUGAGCUUUUUAACAAUGGCCCGGACAUACGACCAGCCUUCUAGCGCAUGGAUUUUUGGUAUUCUCAGAACAUUGAUUACAGGCACUCUCUGCGAUGGUGCGCUUGUCUAUCUUUGGGGACAUUUCCACGCACAUAGACCUGCACUGGUGCAUAUGCUCUGCAUGGAAACACUGGACAGUGCUGCACACUGCGUGAUUGCCACUAAAGUUGUUACUAGACAGCAGUGUAAACACUGCCUUUUCUGUGAAAAGGUAGCAUUUACAUUGAAAUGCCUGCAGAAAAAAACUAUAGACACUAGAACCACUUUUGCCGGUUGUUGAUCAUAGUUACAUAGUUAAACAGUUACAUAAUUACAUAGUUACAUUGCUGAAAAGAGACUUGCGUCCAUUAAGUUCAGCCUUCCUCACACAUGUUUUUGCUGUUGAUCCAAAAGAAGGCACAAAAAAUUAGCUUUGUGAUCAAUGUGCCUAUAAAUAAAACAUUUUCUUUUUGGGGCAAAAUUGCUUCAAUGUAAGUUUUUGUUUGUUUUUUAUAAUUCUUUAUUUUUGUACUGCAUAGGGUUUCAAACAAGCUCACGUAGACAUUUUAUGAAAAUAUUCAAACAAACAAUACAUAUUAUUAUUGUAGGCUUCAUAUGGAAUGUCAGAGAAAGACUGUACUCCUUUUUUUUUUAAUUUUUUAGAAAAAAAGAAAAAACAACAAGAGCACUGUUCUAGGAGGUGAAAGAACUAGUGGAUAACAAGGGCCCACCAGGACAGGAUACUGGGAAAUUUCUGGGAGGCUGGAGAAAGAGACACAGGGGAAGAGCGAUAUAGGGAAAAGAGAGGAGAAAGAGACAAAGGAGAAGAGAGAAUUAGAGGGAGGGGGAGAAAGGAGAGAGAUACACAUUGGGAGGGGGCGAAAGAGGUACAGGGGGAGAGAGACACACAGGGGAGGGGGAGAAAGAAACAGGGGGGGAGAGAGAGAGACACAGGGGGAGGGAAAACAGAGACAGAGGGGGAAGAGAGAGACUGGAAAGGAGAGGAGGCCUGGACACAGAGGAGCAGUGAGGGGGAGAAUGAAACAUUCAGAGGGACUGGGGGGAGAAAAAGGGGCACACAGAGGGGCUGGAGGUAGAAAGAGACACACAUAGGGGAUAUAUAGAUAUAGAUAUAUAUAUAUAUGUGUUUUAAGGCCAUUUGGCCUGUAUUUGUGGGAGGGGCUUAAAUUAAUUCACUCCCCUAUAUAAGGGACACCCCUUACCUGACUCAUAUCGCUUGAGGUCAGCAUCAGAAUGAUUUCCACUUCCGGGUCAUCCAGACGCCAUUUUACCUGAUUACUCCAUGAGGUUUUCUAAGCUGAGCUGUGUCAGGAAUUCAGCCACAGGCUUUUCCGGCCUACCACCUUCUUUCUUCAAUCUAUUGCUGUGGAUGGUGUCCAAGUGACUCACAAACUGUAAGUCGACCUACCCGUUACGCCAGGCAUCAGUCCCACGGCACCAUGCAUGGGUCAGGUCCUCACUUUACGGCUGCAUUUUGUCUAAAUCUGUCCUAAAACCAUUGGAUGUUCAUGCAUAUCAUUCGUUUAAACUCACUUGUUUAUAUCUGUCUCUGGCUCAUUUCGAGCAUUAGCACACUCCCAAACGGGAACACAUUCUGUUUCAAUGGUCUAAACAUACUAGGCAAUUCUGUGCGUGCAUUUCGAAUCUCACUGCUCGUUUCGUUUUGUUUCCCUGACAUACCAGGCUUACGGUUCGUGCAAUUUUCUACCAAACGGGUACUAGUUCAUGCAUUUACUAUUGUACUACACACACGUUUCGUGUGUUUACAACCCAUGAACAGAACUUUGGUUUGUUACAAUGACUGUUAUUAAGCUAUUAUGUUCACUUAUUGUAUAUUGUCAAACGGGCACUGUUUGUUUCACAACUAUAAUGCUGGGGCAUAGCUCACAAACAAUGUUUCACAUAAACCACAAUGACUCCUACAGGUCACUCUCAAAAUCUCAUGUUAACCUUGCAUUUGGAUUAACCCCUUAAGGACCAAACUCUGGAAUAAAUGAUAUGUCACACAUGUCAUGUAUCCUUCAGGGGUUAAAGGGUAUUUUACCAUACAAUCAGCAUUUCUGACCCCUACUGGUCAACAGCAAAACUGUCUUCACAUGUCAUAUACAAUUACCAGCCAAUAUAAAUUACACAUAAGAUUGUUUUAAACAUAACCAUAAACCAUGAAUUAAACUCCAACACGGGCUCAACUUCAGGUUUAAUUCACAAUAAUUUACAUUUCACAUUAAGACUAACAGUGGUUCUAUCAACACUGCCACCUACAGGUCUGUCAAGUACAUUGACAAUUUUCAUGGGGUUUUACAAACACCAAAACACUGACCCCUAUAGGUCAACAGACAAACAACAUUUCACAUACCAAUCAGUAUCAACUACACUGCCACCUAUAGAAAACUCGGCAGAUCUCUAGUGCACUUGCAUUUUGCAAUUCCAUGUUCACUUGCCAUUCAAUAAGGCAUACAACAAUUCACAUAGCAAGCAGUAUAUCAAUAUCUGUUAUAAAUACACAUAUUAUUACACAGUAGCACCCGCAUCUGUAUAUACGUAACUGGUAAUGUGGUUCACAUACAUACGGCACUUAAUGGGUUAAGAUUGAUACAUAUUUAACCAGUAUGGAUAUGAUGUUUAAUAUUUACAUAUCACGGCACUUUACUUUCACAUAUACUGUAUGUUUUAAGAUAAGCUUGGUCUAUGCCAUAUUUCCUUAUGCCAUACGAUUUUAUCCAUUCAGGUUACAGUUACUACUAAAAAACCUAUAAGGAUUGUCAGGUUCAAUACCAUACUACCAGGUACGUACACCUGCUCACGUAGUUAUCCAUCUCUUACCUUCCCUGGAAUAGUAAUAGUGUACCGGCAAUUAGGGUUCUAGGGCCCAAUAGGUAUUACCCCCUUUUUUCUCUGCAUUAUGCUUCGGUUAGUGGUCCCGCGAGGCCAACACCCCGCCUCACACUCGGAGGCAUACACCCCUCGAGCCACUCGUGAGCUAGCCGCCUCGCAUUGUAUCAUUGUGUCACUCCCCUUCCUAUUUUUCUGGUUACUGUCACCGAGAGGCCAACAUCCUGCCACAACGUUUGGUGGCCACACAAAAUCCCCUCGCGCCAAGCAUAGAUAGAGCCUCUCAAGCCACUUGGCAACUAGCAGGGCCUCACCAGUCACCCAAAAAAACCACCAAGCCUAAUCGUUUCGCCUUACGGCUUAGCUAGCAAGCCGGUACAAGACCCCUGGGUACAAAUAUAUAAUUGCAAUCUUUAUUGUUAUUUAAGUAUUUCUCAAAAAGAUGGUAAAGAAUCACCUCUUCCUAGCACCACGGCUAGAAGUGAUACACCUUGAUCUCUUACCUUCCCUGGAAUAGUAGUAAUGUACUGGCAAUUAGGGUUCUAUGGCCCAAUAGGUAUUACCACCUGUUUCUCUGCUUUACGCUUCGGUUAGUGGUCCCGCGAGGCCAACACCCCGCCUCACACUCGGAGGCAUACACCCCUCGGGCCACUCGUGAGCUAGCCGCCUCGCAUUGUAUCAUAGAGAGGGCCUCACCUGUCACUCCCCUUCCUAUUUUCUGGUUACUGUCACCGAGAGGCCAACAUCCUGCCACAAUGUUCGGUGGCCACAAAAAAUCCCCUCGCGCCAAGCAUAGAUAGAGCCUCUCAAGCCACUUGGCAACUAGCAGGGCCUCACCAGUCACCAAAAAACACCAAGCCUAAUCGUUUCGCCUUACGGCUUAGCUAGCAAGCCAGUACAAGACCCCUGGGUACAAAUAAUAAUUGCAAUCUUUAUUGUUAUUUAAGUAUUUCUCAAAAAGAUGGUGAAGAAUCACCUCUUCCUGGCACCCCGGCUAGAAGUGAUACACCUUCAAGCAGAGGAGAUGUGGCUCCGACCUAAGGAGGCGACAAAUCCCCUACCCUGCCACAGCAAGGAAAGCAGAGUUAUUCAAACUCCUCCAUACAUCAACGGACAACACGGAGGCAGGGGAAGGCCCAGCAACACCAACUCAGGUGACACCCAGGCCAUGCUAGCCUCACUCAUAAACUCAUGAGCCAAAAAAUUUACGACAGACUGGCAAUUUCGAGUCAGUCACAGCCCUCACAAGGCUGGGCCUCACGCUACUGUACAACCAGCACCAACCGAAACUCGGUUACUUGGUACAAGACGUUAACCCUGCACAUAUGAUCCCGGCACAUUGGGGAAACAAGGCAUAUAUAUGUAUGAUGAUGUAUCUAUGAUGGUCAGACCCAGGGAUUCUAGGUAAAUCGGGAACUGACCAUCCCGUGGUUGUGUUGGCAUUUGGAAUAUGUAGAGAUGCUUAUUUGUGCAGGUACCCAUACAGAAGGGAUUUUCUCCCAAACAAAUGGGCGAGCACUCUCAGGCUCCAGGUACCAGCACCUCUGAACUACCAGAGACAAUUGGUAUUAGUAGUUGCAUUGCAUAUAGAAUGUUGCAUACAUGUUCAAAUCAUUCAGGGCACAUGACAAACCAUGUGUCCCAAUACAACUUACAAAUAACGUACUCAUCAUCUGUACACACCAAUGCAUUUUCAACACUACUGACUCAUCACCCUUCCAGACUUGUAGUAGAGUUACUAAGGCUCUGGAGCUUCAAAGGGCUCCCAUACAGGUAUCAUAAAUAAACUCUCAAGGAAUAUAGCAUGCCCUCACUUACAGUCAGCACAACAGAACCGUCGGCUGUAAACACACUCAUAGCCAAGAUUUGCAGAGGGGUUUUUACUUGGGUUUUCCAAUCUCCACCAUUUACAGCAUGGCACCAAACACAAACGCAUUGGUAUUGUCACAAGGGAAUCUUCCCUUAAACAAAGACUAACCAUAGACUUAUUGGCACCACACACCUUCGCUACCCCAAGUCUCAACUCCCUCAUACCCUCCGAGGAGUUUCCUUACUAUACACACCAUUGAUCUACCUUUACAGCUAUCACUCAAGCAGGGGUUGAAGCUUCGUUAAGUAAGACCAAUAUCAUCAACACAGUAAACGGCUACCAUCUACCCUACAAACUGGCACUUACAUGGCAUAAAAUGGGCAAUCCUUUCCCCGCUAAAAGCAGCUGCUGUGGCAUGGGGUAAAUCAUGGUCAGGGUCAUCAAUCCGUUGUUACUCAGACAACUAAGCACAUGUCAUAUCAUCAACAAAUGCCACUCAUCAUCCAUACGAUCAUGGUAUUGCUGGGGAACUCACUUGGUUGGCCACUUACCACAUUUCUUUUACUUUCAUGUACCAGGCGGGGGUAUACAUCCUUGCCGACAAUUGUCUCAUUUAUAUUCCAGGCACGUUCAUCAUACGCUUCCUACAGCCACCCAUACAGUCACGGCCACUCUUUCGUUCCAGAGACAAAAUCAUGGACUAGACAUACUCAUGCAGCAUUGCAUGCACUAUCCCACCUAGCACUUUCAUCCCAUACUUGUAGAACGCACCUAUUCACCUGGCUUUAAAGAAUCUCAUUGGAACACGACAUAGCUCAACCUGUGUCAUAACAUUUCUCCUAGGUUUUGCUUCAUUUUUUGCCACCUUAAACUAAAACCAUCUCACACACCAUUAAUUAUAUAUUUUACAGGCAUUCAACAACACAGGAUAACCUAUGGCCAAAACUACCAUAACUUCAUGCUAUCAUACCAGACAAGAAUAUACUCAGAGGUUUUCAGGAAUCCAUCCCCCACGUUCCUCUCAGAUAUUACCAAUAGCCAUCCAACUUUUCCAUCCUUAUCGGACCUAUUAGAGCUACAACCAUUCAAUUAUACUACCAAGUUGGCCAUUACCAGCCAUGCACACUGCCUUUUAUGCCUUUCUCAGGCCAGAGAAUCCACUACCAUAACCACCACUCAGACAGAUCAUUGUCUUCAACGAUCCCACGUAUGUAAACACAUAUAUCAUUACCUAUUGGCUCUACCACAUUCCGAAACGAGUCAACACGCACCAACAGUAGAGAUAACAUACUAUCCUACCCACAACAAAUGGUGUCCAGUUGCGGUCCUAGAUUCCUACCUUCAAAAAUCCUUCAAGGAAUUAAAUACCGUAAUGCAUUUAAGGAAAUGUCUGGUUAAUUUGUAUAUAUUGUUGACUGUAUUAAAUCUUUGAUUAUUCUUUUUGCCCUCUUUAUUUACAGGCCUACCGUAUCGUCGGUCUCGGCACACCACAACCGACUUGCUCCCUUUAUACUAUCCUACGCUUAUGCUGGAACCUUACUCCAUAUACGGCUAUUUGCCCCGAACACAAGUUUUAAGGCCAUUUGGCCUGUAUUUGUGGGAGGGGCUUAAAUUAAUUCACUCCCCUAUAUAAGGGACACCCCUUACCUGACUCAUAUCGCUUGAGGUCAGCAUCAGAAUGACCCUCCCACCCACUCCUCAUUUCAACACUUUCUCUUUUCUUUCCAUUUACUUUACUUACUUACUCCUUGGUGGGCCCUCUUUAUUUACAGGCCUACCGUAUCGUCGGUCUCGGCACACCACAACCGACUUGCUCCCUUUAUAGUAUCCUACGCUUAUGCUGGAACCUUACUCCAUAUACGGCUAUUUGCCCCGAACACAAAUAUAUAUAUAUAUAUAUAUAUAUAUAUAUAUAUAUAUAUAUAUAUAUAUAUAUAUACAAACAAAAUGUUUAACCCUGAAACAAGAUAUAAUAGACGGGAAUUGGCACUAGAAUAUCAAGAUAGCAACAACCCCCAGUGUCUAAAAAACACUCAAAAGACACUACAUAAAUCAGUAACCGCAAGCACAGUGAGGAGGGUACAACAAACACAGUGAUUAAUACUUCGUACUGUGAGACCUCCUGAUCAUUCUGUAAAAGAUUGUAUACAAAAUAGACAUAGCAUAAUUCUGUUUACAAUAAAAUGGAUCAAUAACAGAGGUAAUAGGUCACUCACAAUCUUCAGAGCCUUAGAAAGCAGGCUCUGGCUGUAUCAGCAGGUGAAUAAUAAGCUUAUUCAAGUUAUAAGCAUGACACCGCAAUCUCCUCCUUUUCCAAGUAAGUAUGAAUCAAACUAUAUCAUAUAAGGUAGGUAAGAAAUUUGACUUCAGAAUAAAAACAGGUAUACAAAAAACAGCAGGAGCACAGGCUGUAAAUAAAAAACGGAAAGUCCGGUAACACUAACAUGUUUCAACCUAUUCGGUCUUUAUCAAAGUGUAUAUGUCUCCCCUCGGUGCUCGUUUUUAAACCAUCUAUGCAGGAAACUGAUUUUCAUGCCAUCUGGUGUUCCGGAGUCACUUCCGCGUUCGUGCAUCAUUGUGUAGUGACGUCAUGAAGUCCUGACGUGAUACGUAAUGACGGAAUCGUCUGUUUAGCAGGAAGUGGACAUGUCGGAGGUCCAGGAAACGCCAUAAUAGUAUCGGGCGUAAUUGAUUUAUAUAACCUAGGACUGUAGAAGGACUUAAAAACAAAAAGCAUAUAUAUAUAUAUAUAUAUAUAUAUAUAUGCUUUUUGUUUUUAAAAACAAUAUAUAUAAUAUAACAUGAGCGAAAAGAAAAAAACAUACAAAGCAUAACCAGUAUGUAAUUCAAAACAUAUACAGCACACUCAAAUUUAUAAUCAAAGGAGAACAGAUCCAAAAAUAGAUAUAGAUGGAUCUGAUACAAAUUGCAUAUAAAAUAUAUAUAAAUAUAUUGGAAUAAAAAAAAUGUAUGUACCAAAAAUAUGUAUAUCAACUAUAUGUAAUAUAUAAAAAAACAUAUUUACUAUAAAAAAUAUACAAAACUAAAAAUGUAGAAAUAAAUUAUCAAAAUAUUUAAUGGAAUAUUCAGAUAAGUGCUGACAUUUCAAAGUCCACGUUGAGCCCACUGGGAGACAAGGUGUUUAAACAAAAUUUCCACCUCAUCUCCAGCGGCUCAACGUGGACUCCAGGUUCCCACCUCUCCAGUUAUUUUUAAUCAACUGUAUGCCACAAAAUUAUAGUCCUGUAGGGUCUCCACCAUGAACAUUUAAAAAAAAAAAAUGAAGAGAAACGUUAUAAUUUAAAAAACCUCUCUUUAUGUUAUAAAUAUGCUCACAUACCCUCGUUUUUAAGCAUCUUGAUGUCUUACCAACAUAUUAUAAUCCACAAGGGCACAUGAGCAAAUAUACCACAUUUUUGGAAUGACGUGAUAAAAAAGUCAAUACUGUACGGUUUUGAUCCCAUCCGGGGUUUAAAAGUAUCAAUGUUUUUGUUUGUUUUUACAUCCCAUGCAGUCACCACAAAAAAACACCUUUAUUGGUAUUUCUAUAUGUGUUAAAUACGUUAUUUUUCUUAUUUGGUGCAUCUACAUACCUUGAGAUAAGUAUCUGUCUAAGAUUUGUAUCUCCUCUAAAGACUAUUUUUGAUUUCUCUACUAGAUUUCUCGGUCUUGUUGUAAGAUAUGCCAGUUUUUAUCCAAGAUAUUUUUAAGUUGUCUUUGAUCCUUACUGUAAUUAUAAAUCAGAGGUCUUGUUUCGUUUUCUCCUCUUAUACUUUUGGAUUUAUAUACAAGUAGGGAUUCUCUAUCUGAUUAUCAAAUGUUUUGGAUUUCUCCAUCUAACUGGUCUAAAUGAUAACCACGAUCUAAAAACUGAUAUUUUUUAUUUAUUUUUUUUAAAGAAAUUCUGCCUGGUUAUUAAAUGAAUCAAGUUCUGUACAAUUGCGUCUUAAACGAGGAAACUGACCUCUAGGGAUAUUAUCCAACCAUGGUUUAAAAUGACAGCUUUCUUUUUUUUUUUUUUUUGGACAAUCUUUAUUUUGUAAUUUUGUCUUUUGAACAAUGGAAAACAAGUAACAGUCAGGUACACAAAAGUAUAUCCGUAUAAGGAACAGUAAUAAUAAACAUUACAUAUCUGACAGGUAGAUCUUCCAGAAGUACAAACAUAGGUUCAAACAAGCAGCGAUAGCGUUAUCAGGCCUAACACAAACACUAGGGUAUUCUCAACUGAUACAGGAUUUUUGGAUUUAUCCUGCCCCAGUGUACUUUCUUUUUUUUUUUUUGUCAAUCAUUGUUUUAUUUCCAGUUUGAAAGGUAACAUCGACAACAGUGCUGUUAGCGAAUUAAACAGGAAGUUAAAGUAUUCGAGGUUGUCUCGAUAAACAUAACAGUCUGCACUAGACAGGCAAUGCGGUUCAACAGUAAAACAUGUGAACAAGUCCUUUUUAUUAUGCAUUCAUGUAGGAAUAUCUGUACCUUGGAAGGACAGGUGAACCAGGGUCAUCUCUGCGGUCACCCUCGUUUGUCUCACUACGCUUGCACCUUAGUGCUGAAGGCUAGUGUGGGCUGUCCACCCUUUUCUGUUUACACUUCCCCAUCCUAACCCCCCUGUCCCACAUGUUAUUCAGCUUUCAGCUGUUUGUCCUUGCUUCUUGUCUAACUACGCGUCAUGAAGCGGGUAGGGGUCGGUAGGUCUCUACCUAUGUGUUCGAAUCUGUUAGGGCAGUAGCCAGUGGUUACCCCAAGGUUGGGGUCCUCGUGAGAAGUCCCCCAUCUCUGUUUGUGCGUGUUCUACGUCGUGUUUUAUGGGGAUCUGGAACAGCAAAGUUUUCCCGCUCACUUAGUCUGGGCCUUUGAGGUGCGUUAGGUGGCCGCCUUUCCCAGGUCUGGUACGUCAGUGUUUAGAUAGCUGGGUCACAGUGUCCUGUGGUCCAUUAUGCCUCUUUAUCGCAGCUCUGUUGCCUCUGCUUGUCUGACUAGGAUUUUACCCCCGUCUCGCUCCCUCCCUGAUUCGUCGUCUAAUGAUCUGUCGGGAGAUGCUUCCCGGAUGGUUUGUGUCUAGAUAAAUGUGUAUUUGUGUGUGUAGGGGACAGAGGAAAGAUGGGGGGGCGAGCGUGUGCUUGUAUCCGUUCCCUGUGUGGCCCGAAUGUGAGAGAGAGCAUGGGUUGGGAAAGUGGGAGAGGGUUAAAGGGUAGGGGGGGUGAAGAGAGACCUCCUUAGUGUCGUGCUCGCUGUGUCGGCACAACCCGUCCUCCUCAGAGUCUCCUCUGCCAAGAGUGUGUCCGCCGUUCCUCUGGGGGUCGCUGCCACGUCACUAUAUGUAUUUACUUGUGGUUCCUGUGGGGGUCAUGCAGAAGCUCCAUAGUCCUGGUGUCUACGCCGUUCUGCCCGAGAUAAAUUCGAGCCAGGGAGUCCAGGUCUGUAGAUAGCGUUCCGUUGUUCCCCGCAGUGAGGCUGUAAGCUGUUCCAUGCCAUGGAUCUCCUCUACUUUCUCCAUCCAUUGUUGCAGCGUGGGGAUUUGCGUGGUCCACCAGCGGAUCGGGAUAAGCAAUUUAGCUGCAUUGAGGAGUUGUUUCGUGAGUGAUUUUUUAUACCUCGAGAGAGGCAUAUCAGUGUGAUGGAGGAGCAUUUGCAUUGGCUGGAAAGGGAGGUCCGGGUCCGCAAUGUUUUUUAUCUGCGUAUGAAUUUGUUUCCAGAAUGGGGCGAUGUGUCCGCAGGACCACCAAAUAUGGAGGUCCGAGCCGGCCUCUGACUCACAUCUCCAGCAUAAGUCCGGGAUUUCCGGUAGCAUUCGAUGUAGGCGCUCUGGCGUUCUAUACCAUCCCGUUAGCAGUUUGUAGUUCAGUUCUUGGUGUUUAGAACUCAAUGUGCCCUGAUGUGUCAGUAUGUGGAUCUUGUCCCAUUGGGAGUCGGUGAGUACCGUACCCGUGGCCUCCUCCCAUCUCGCCAGGUGUUUCAGGGGUGUAUGUUGGGUAGAGGUUUGUAGCAGAGCGUACAUGGUAGAUACUCCUCGGUGUAGCGGUCUCCCGGCUGUGCAUGUUUUCUCAAACUCAGUCAUAGUCCUGUGGAACAGGCGGCGUCCAGCAUGCGAUUGAUAGUAUGACUUAAUCUGGAAGUAUCUGAAUCUGUCUAUGCCUCGUGGGGCUCCUUCUCGUAUGAGUUCUGGCAGUGGUUUCAGCGAGUCCGCUGAGCACCAUUGUUGUAUAUAUGACCAUUUUUCCUCCGUAAAUGCACUGAUGUCUUGGGGCUUGAGGCCCCCGGCCACAGCGGGGUUGUGUGUUAUCGGUGUCAGUGGUCCUGGUGUGGUGGUUAGUGAGAGCUUAGUCCGCACAGAGUACCAAACCUUCAACGUUGCACCGAUGAGCGGAUGGUUCCUGGCUCGCUGAACUCCGUGUUGGUUAUCUAACCAUACCACAGCCGGGAGCGAACCCUCCAUUUGUGUAGUCUCCAUGGUUAUCCAUGACUUCCCAUCUCUGGGGGUAUGCCAGUCGACAAUACGGUGCAGAUGUGUAGCUCUAUGGUAAUCCCGUAUGUAUGGGAGCCCCACCCCGCCUUGUGCUUUUGGUCUGCGAAGGUGUACUUUGCUCAGCCUUGGAGCUUUAGCUUGCCAAACGAACCUAGAAAUUGUCUUGUCAAUUUCGUGGAAAAAGGAUGUCGGGAGGUUGAUCGGGAUGGUUUGGAACAGAUAUAGGAGGCGGGGGAGGAGAUUCAUUUUAAUUGCGUUUAACCUCCCAAACCAUGUAAUGCACAGGCCCGCCCAUCGAGCUAGAUCGUUUUUCAGGGUUUGAGCCAUUGGGGCGAAGUUGUAGUCAUAAAGCUGGGAGAGAUCUGUGGGGAGCCAAAUCCCCAGGUAUUUAAGCCUGGUUUGGCACCAUGUGAAAGCGAACUGUGUUCGCAGGUGGGCGAUGGAGUCCGCGCUCAGAGUUAGAGUGCUUCCGAUUUGUCCGUAUUCAACUUUAGGUUUGAUAGCUGACCAUAGUCCUUGAAGGCCUUCAGAAGAUUCGGGAGUGAGACUAGCGGAUUGCCGAUGAAAAAUAGCAUGUCAUCCGCGUAUGCGGCCACCUUAUGUACCUCACCCCGUAGGACGAAGCCCUCUAUUCCCCCGUCCCGCCUGACCGCCCCCAGGAAUGGUUCCAGGGAGAGGGCAAACAGGAGGGGGGAGAGAGGGCACCCCUGUCGGGUACCAUUGCGGAUGUGUACCGGUGCGGAGAGUGCUCCGUUAAUUCGGACUCUAGCUGUAGGCGUAGUGUACAGGGAUGUGAUCCAUGCCAUCAGACGGGGGCCAAAUCCCAUGGCUCGUAGCGUUGCCGCCAGAAAUCUCCAGUCUACGCGGUCAAAAGCCUUCUCUGCAUCCGUGGACAGGAGAAGGAUUUUCUGUGUCGCUUGUUUCGCCGCAUGGAUGACGUUCAGUGCGCGUGUGGUGUUAUCCCUCGCCUCCCGUCCUGGGACAAAACCCACUUGGUCCGGGUGCACCAGUUCCGGCAGUACACUUCCUAUGCGUGUUGCUAUUACCUUCGUGAACAGCUUCAGAUCUGCGUUCAAUAGCGAGAUCGGCCUGUAGCUUGCGCAGAUGGCCGGGUCCUUGCCCUCUUUAGGGAUAACCGUUAUUGUUGCCAGCAAGGAGUCUCUCGGAAAUGUUCCUCCAUCCAGUAUCGAGUUGAGACCUAGUAGAAGCCGUGGUAGGAGCACUUCGCUGAACUCCUUCAGGUAUCGGACCGGCAAACCGUCUGGGCCAGGCGCUUUGUUCAGUUUCGAGCCUUUCAGUGUAAUUUGUAAUUCUUCUAGUGUUAUAGCGGCCUCCAGUUCCUCCGCCGCCUCUCGGCUUAGUGAGUUAGUGAUGUGUUGUUGAAGGUAGUCUGCGAUCCGCCUGUCUUUGCGAAGUCCUGCUCCUUCCGACUGUUCCGUAGGGAGGUUGUAGAGGUCUUCAUAGAACUCCCUGAAUGUCUCCGUAAUUUUCUCUGGCAGUUGCGUCACCUGUUGGUCCUUGGGCUUGAUUUUAGUGAUAUAGCACAUCCUCCGUUGUUUUUGUAGAGUCCUAGCCAGUAGCCGCCCGCAUUUACCCGAGUAUUCGUAGAAGAAGCGUUGGGAUUUUCGGAUCGUAUACUGCAGUUUUUGGUGCAAGAUAUCGCGCAACUGCUUCCUGUUCUCCAACAGCUCUUUGUAACUAUCAUCCGAUUGUGUGGCUUUAUGAAGACCCUCAAGGGCCGCUAUCCGAUCCAGCAGUUCAUCCGUGCGUCUUUGCUGCUCCUUCAUUCUUCUCGUACACACUUUGAUUAGGUGUCCCCGGAUAGCGCAUUUGUGUGCCUCCCAGAUCGUCAAAGCCGACACUUCAGGAGUGUCGUUCUCUUCAAAGUAUGUGACUAGCGCCGCUCGGAUGUCCGCCACCGUGGGCCCAUCGUUAAGAAUUGACUCGUUCAUCCUCCAUUGUCUGUCUCUGGGUCGGAAUAACGGGGACUUGAUGCUUGCCAAAACGGGAGAAUGGUCCGACCAGCCCUGCAGUCCAAUCUCCGAACUGAGAAGUAAAGGUAAGAACUCCUGAGCUAUGAGGAUAUAGUCUAGCCUGCUAUAGUGCUUAUGUACCGCAGAGAAAUAAGAGUAGUCCCUUUCAGUUGGAUGAAGGACCCUCCAGCAGUCUGCCAGACCAGCGCCGUGUAGGUCUGUCCGGACCGACUGCACACAGUGGGCCGGAACCGAACUAAUCCCCCGGGAUGUGUCCAUUCGUGGAUCCAGGGCCAGAUUCAGGUCGCCUGCUACGAUCAGCAGUCCUUCCCGGAACCUUUCCAAUUUACGGAGGAUCCCCCUCAGGAAUUUAUGCUGUCGGACGUUUGGGGCAUAGAUGGUGGCUAGCGUGUAGGUGGUACCUGCUAUAGUGCCCUUGAGGAAGAGGAACCGGCCUGCUUCAUCGGUCUGUGUGUCCUUACAUUCGAACGGUACCGUACGGGCAAACAAUAUUGCUACCCCAGCUUUCUUGGCGGUCGGGUGAUUGGCGAAGUAUCCUUGGGGGAAAUCUGCGUCCUUAAGUGUCGGAGCUGAGUCCCCUCGGAAGUGAGUCUCCUGCAGAAAUGCGAUGGACGUUCUCGCGGCCCCCAAGGAACGCAAGAGGUGUGACCUACGUUCUGGCACAUUCAACCCCCGGACAUUGUUUGACCAGAGACGAAGAGGGGCGGGAUCGUACCUUGAGCCCAUGGUCUCUGGGAAUGGGGAAAAAUAGGGGGAGAGAGCUGGAAUGAUAGGACGGAGGAGGGCGGGGAAGGGGAUAAAAAGCGUGAGAGGUCUGUAUGUAUGUGGAUGGGUGUGUUGUAAUGUAACUGUGGAGACUGUACACCUAAGGUAAGGGUGGAGUGUGGGGCACCUCUAAAUGGUGGUCCACACCCCCCGCACCAAAUUCACAGUGGUGUCUGUCACUGGGGUCGAGACCCUUGGAGCACCAGCAGGGCGCCAAUUAUAUCCGUGUCCCGUGUUGUCAAGUGUAUCCAAGGAACUACAGUAGUUAAACCGUUCACUUCUCCUUUCCGCCCCCAGGCCGAGGCAAGCAGAGUGCGUAUGGAGGCAUAAGGGAAACGGGGCUCAGUUAUGCCGGGCGCCUGGGCUGUCUCCUCAUGGUUUGCGGUCUCAUGGGAUCCCUGUCUGUGGGUAUCGCUCCCUGUUCAGGCGUCUGGUCGGGGCCAGGGGAGGGGGAGGCUGCAUCCCCCAUCAGCGUGUCUCGGGGGGAGUCAGUAUGGUCACCCCGGGGCAUAGGUCAGUAGUCGGGACGGGAUGGUUCCGCCUGUCCGGGAGUAGGGUGGAGAGGAGCAGAGCGUCGAGCUCCCCUGUCUGGUCUAGAUAGUAGCGCGGGGGCGCCGGAGGGUGGUGCCACCUCCAUCAUGAUGUCAUCUGCAACCCUAAGAGCGCUGUGGGAGUAGACUUUUACGUCUAGUGUGUAAGAGUCAGGCAAGGGCAGUAGCUAUCGCCCGUCUUGCUGUCAGUCCUGGGGGGGGGGGCUGUACGUCAGUCGCAAGCGCCUAGUGUACAUUAGUCCCCCACCUUAUUGCGAUUCCCCACACACCCCGUACAGUGUUUAUCCCGGUGCUUCCAGGGAUUUCACCCGCACCCCCCUCCCCCUACCCCGGCUGUCUCGAGCGCAUGUCGGAGGGCCAGGGAAUUGGCCAGGUCGGCACAUACAAUUAUAUACAGUUCUCAAGCAGUAGCCAGAACCCCCCCUCCGGCUCCCCGCCCCCUCCGGCCCCUCUCCGGAUAUUUGCUACUGCAAUGGUUAUUAUGCUUGUGGCCCCUAUCGGGGAAUGACCUGGUUGUCCCUUCGGGGGCUGACCCCCGUCUAUUCCCCCUUUGCUUGCAGGCUAGGGUCCAGGGGGCCGAGGUCGGCCUAUGUCUGCGCCCGAGACCCAGCGUGGGUACUUGCCGUAGAAUGUGCCCUCCCUCAGCCCUCCCAAAGAAGCCUGUUUUGUGAUGUGCCAUCCAGGGCUUUCCACUGUCACGCCUGUGCCUCUGGUAAAGUUCUUUGUUUAGUACUGGGCCAGUCGCCGUGUACCUCAGGCUAUGUCCCGCAAGUCAUCUCCCAGGGGUCAGAGCCCUUAAUAGGGGAGUCGUCCCUGUGGUCCCAAAUCUGGCCCAGGCCCUACAGUGGCUCCAUGACCCUUGUAGGUCGCAUUUCUCGCCCAUGCCCUCAACCCAACAAAGUCCCAGGAUCGCCCUCCCACAGCCAGUUGUCCCUGCAUGUGCGCUAUCAGCUCCGUGCCCAGUCAUUUCCCCCCCCCCCGCCUUACCCGACUCUUGUCGGCCCGGACCGGCUGCUAGAGUGUCAUUCUUCUGCGCCGUUUGGGCCCCCUCUGCGGAGUGGCCGGGUGGCCCGUGCUAUUGGUGGGACCGCCGGGUUGGAGGGAUUCAGUGGGUCUCUACGUGCCGCUAUAGCUUCGUCCAGGAUCCAGUUGCGCACUCUCACCGGUGGCAGGUUAAGGGUCCUCAUCAUGCGUGGUACCUCUUCUGGCCAGCGGGCCGUGAUCCAUGUGUUGCCGUGUUUUGCUUGGAGGCUGAAGGGGAAGCCCCAGCGAUACGGGAUCCUUUUGUCUCUGAGCAUACCCGUUACUGGGCGCAGCGCUCGCCUGGCGUCCAGUGUUAGACUUGAUAGGUCCUGGUACAGGGAUAUUUCCCCUCCACGGAACAGAAUGGAGGGCCCAUCCCUAGCCGCCGCCAUGAUCAUGUCCCUUUGGUCCUGCAGGGUCAUACAGCAGAUUACAUCUCUGGGGCUGCCAUCUCUUCUCGCCGGCCCCAGUGCUCUAUGUGCGCGAUCCAUGUGGAUUUCUUCAGGUGCAGCUUCCCCCAAAAUCUGUGUAAAUAAGGCGCACAGACAUGCGUGGAGGGGUUCUUCCUCUGUUUCGGUUUCUGGCAUGCCGCGUAUUCUGAUAUUCUUACGCCUACUUCUAUUUUCCAAAUCCUCCACCUGCCUGCGUAGGGUGAUCAAGAGGUUACCCUGCCUGGUUACUGCAACUUCAGUUGCCCUGUGUUGGUCUUCACAGCCCUGCGCUGCUGUUUCCACCUCAUCCACCCUCUGCUCUAGGGCAGUGAGAUCUGACCUCAGGCCUACCAGCUCCUCUCGCAGUGCUGCCCGCAGCUCCUGAGCUAUUGUGCUUGUAUCUGCCUUCGUGAGCAUUUUCGCCGAGAUCUGGGUAAGCUCGGCUUGUAUCUGGGCCAGUUCACUGAAUUGGGUACCUGCUUCAGAGGUUUCACCUGCACUCUCCGAGCCCGGCGAUGCAGGCGCCAUUUUGUUAGCCGGUCGCAGCCCUCUCAGGUCCGACGGCGUGGCGAUGAACUCGUCCAUCGGGCCGGUAUUGCGUCUCGGGGAAACAGUCCCCGCCGGUCCUGGGGUGUUGGGUCUCUUGGUCCGGACCAUGUUUCACCUGUAUGCCGCUGGUGAUCGCUAGUUUUUCGGCCCGGGGUGCGGAGCGAGUUUAGUCCGUGUCCUGCACCAUGCUCGUCCAGGCCACGCCCCGACAGCUUUCUUUGUGGAUGUUUACAUGCACUUUUUUUGAGGAAAGUACAUGUAUUAAUUUUAUUAUCUUUUAUAUUUAUCUCUAGAUUUAAAAAAAAUAUUUUCGCUCUACUGAUUUCUUGGGUUAGAUAAAUAUAUUCCACUGAUUUGAAUUUAAAAAUUUAAAAAAAUCUAAAAGAGAAAGCUCAUCCCCCUAUCAUAACCAGGUUCGCACUCCAGCCAUGAUUGGAGAAAACAAAAUAAUGUUCCCAAUGUGACAAAUAAAUUAGCAUAGCUGGGUGCAAAGCUAGUCCCCAUAGAAGUCCCCUCUACACUGUAAAAAUUGUUCCCCUCGAACCAUAAAAAAAGUUAUAAAAAAAAUUUCCUCCAUAAUAAAAUCCACUUCGUCUGUAGGGUACAGUGCAGGGGUUUCCAAAAAAAAAAAAACGUAGCCUCACAUCCUAGCCUGAGAUCUACACAUGUAUAGAGGCUAGUUAUGUCACAAGUGGCAAGUAAAAAGUUAUUCUCCCAUUUAAAAUCUGUAAGCAUUUGUAAUACGCCCAUAAAGUCUUUAAGGUAAACUAUACUCAUCUUUACUAUCAGUUGAAGGUGUGUAUCCACGUAUUUUGAUAAAUUUGAUAAAAGGGAUCCAACACCGGAGACUAUAGGUCUCCCUGGGGGUUAGGUGCAUCUUUAUGUAAUUUUGGUAGUAUAUACAUAACUGGUAUUUUGGGGAAUUUGACAUUAAUGGGAUUCUCCAUUUCUAUGAACACACAUAAUUUGACAUUAAAGGGAUUCUCCAUUCCUAUGAACACACAUAAUUUGACAUUAAUGGGAUUCUCCAUUCCUAUGAACACACAUAAUUUGACAUUAAUGGGAUUCUCCAUUCCUAUGAACACACAUAAUUUGACAUUAAAGGGAUUCUCCAUUUCUAUGAACACACAUUUGUUUUCCUGGCACUGCAGUACCCUCUAGUGCCCCUCUCCCUCCCACCCCCCAUCCCAUGUUGCUGAAUGGGUUAAACCCCCUUCAGUGACUUACAGGAGUCCAGCGCUGAUGUCCCUCGGCGCUGGGUCAGGCUCCGCCUUCUCUCCUCAAUUACCGCGCACACACAUUAGACCUCCCCAUAGGAAAGCAUUGAAUAAUGCUUUCAAUGCUUUCCUAUGGGGAUUUUGGCGACGCUGGAGGUCCUAUGAACACACAAGUGUCCUCUAGUGGCUGUCUAGUAGACAGCCAGUAGAGGAGGACUUAACCCUGCAAUGUAAAUAUUGCAGUUUAUGAAAACUUCAAUAAUUACGCUUGCAGGGUUAAGGGUAGUGGGAGUUGGCACCCACACCACUCCAAUGGGCAGAAGUGGUCUAGGUGCCUGGAGUGUCCCUUUAAGGAAUGAAUAUGCCGACUGAGUCAGGAUUCCCUUGAUUAACCCUCUAUCUAGAUAUUGCUCAUAUUCUAUUUUUUUUUUUUUUUAAAUCUCAUUUUGGGGAGUCUUUUCCAUCAUUUUAUAUGUAUUUAUAUCUCCCAAUUGAUUUCCAUAAUAUAUUUAUCCCUAUCCAUUAAUACAACUCCUCCCCAUUUAUCUGCCGGUUUAAUUUAUUAUUAUUAUUAUACAAAAAAGGUACAAGUAAAGCGCUUCAAGGAAUAGUGAUCAGUACAUAGAAGGGUGAGAUAGGUGUUUCCCCCACACCUUAAUAAAGGUACAAAACAACAACACCACGGUCACCUGCAACAAAGUGUAAACAAUCACACUGAGCAGGGGUGGACCCUUCGGACUGAAUAUAGUUGUACAAUAUGAUAAUACUUAUGUAUAUAAAUGAUAAGGGAAUCUUCACAAUGUCUGUAAGAUAAUAAUACAAAACAUAGUGUAUACUGUUUAAGUAAAAAUAAUUGAAAAGCAGUAAGUGGAACAACUCACAAAUUGCAGAGCCUUACCAGGCUCUGUAUAUUAAGCCCAAGGGUUCCUUUCCAGGCUAUAAUCGAAUCUCCAUAGACCACUGGUAUGUAGAUGGACCAUGGAACAGCAGAGGAUGAAGUAUAAAGAUUUAUUAAAGGUAAGUAAAAACAAAUGAGUAAAAAAAAAUAAAAAAUAUAAAAAUCUUCCAAAUAAGAAGAGGCAGAAACAUGUUUCUGUCUUUUGGAGUUAAAAUACUUCCUGGAUCGUUUUUUUUCCAGGAUAAAAGAUAAACCUUGCUCCAAAGCAUCGAUUUGUGCAUUUGCUCUUAAAUGUUUCAAUGUUUCAAUAUCAUUGCGCAAACCAUGGGGAGUUUGAUAACAACAGUUCAGUGUAAUCUCUCUCUUUCCGGGGCCGGUCCUGCUGGCGGGUGUGUGUAUUCAGUUCCCUUCCUUGUAUCCUGAUCACCAGGUCACGUGACACGUUUCGCCCUGCCUCUUGGGGCCUUCUCAACAGAGAAAGAUACAUUCACCAUUUCAGUCCCAUUACCAAACUUUCCUUAAUAUGUCAAGGUAGUUGGACUGAAACAUUGAUUACAUGCAAAGGCACGUCUGCUUAAAAUAAAUCUGCACUUUUGUUUAUUUUGAAGCCUAUGAGUGUGCUUUUUACGUUGAAGUACUUUUUAAUUUUAAAUUAUCUGUUCUAACUCUGUAUCUGCACACUAUGCUGGCGCGACGCAUUAUGGGGCUGGUAAAUAAUUUUUUUCCAGGGCUGCUUUUAGUUCCCAGUCCGGCCGAGUGGAUAACUCGAGUUAUAGAACAGAGUUGAGGAGAGUAGUGACAAGAAAUUUCCACUGGGUAGGUAGGUCAGCCUAGUAUAGAUGCAUAGUGCACUGAUGACAGGGCAAAAAAAAUAAAUCAGAAUUAUUGUGUAAUCAAAAGGCAAACUUUGCUAGGUCCAGUGGGCAACAGGUUGUGUGUGCUGGCCCCCCAGCCAAUAUCAAGAGAUAGUGAGGUGGGAAUUACACUUUUUUCAGCAGCUCCAAAGAGGCUCCUCCGAUCGAACCAGGGUGUCAGGCAGUCCAGUGUGCUGCUGAAUCUCGAUUUUGCAGCUUCUCGGCAGUGCGUACCCUGUGAGCAAGUGUGCCGACGUGUGGGUUAUGCAUGCUGUGCUGGAAGUAGAGAGGUUUGUUGCGCCACCAUGGGAACGAGUCGUGGCGAACAUGUAGGCUAAAAUCGUGAUUGUAAGAUAGCUUCUGCACCAUCCGUCUCCACUGUCUUUUUCACAGUGUCCCCCUUGGGAGAUGCUGGUAGCAUUGAGGUAAGUGGUAACGAUCAGCAGCAUGGUUCUGUGGUGUUGCAACUCCGCCAGCAGGAGGAGGGAGAGGUAUCCCGUCCCAAAGCUUCACCCAAAACAGUUCGCAAGUGUGGUCAAAAGCCAUCAGGAACUGCUCCACAUGUGAUAAGAAAAGCAGGAUUCUAGCCAAAAAUAGAGCAAGAUUGCCCAAUUUAAAGGCAUUUUAGGUGUUUCUUCCAGAGGAGCUGCAGCAUCAUGCGGCUGACUCAGUCUGCCAUCAGGCCCCCCAAUGUAUGGUUUUUUUUUUUUUUGUCUUGUUUUGAAUUCACGUGUAAAAGUCUAAAUUUUGAGUAGUUCUGUUGCCUUUCUCAUAUAUUCUACCAUACCCUUUAAGUAGCUGUAAUAUAGAGUAAUUUUCUGAGGGUCUUUGAAGGGAAAUGUGUUCACAUGAAAACAAAAUCAUUGUAUUUUGCGAUCAGCAUCAAUUUACUGAGAUUACUAUCAAAUUUCUUUACAGUCACUGAAUUUUUCUCUGCCAUUUACUGGACUAAAAUAGAUUUGCUUUCUUUUAUUCCUUUUAGGACAUGUCCCCAUCCCACGACUAGCAGCCUAUGCAGCAUCCAAAGCAGCUCUCACAAUGUAUUGCGCAGUAAUGCGCCAGGAUCUCAUCAAAUGGGGGGUUAAAGUAGCUGCAGUUCAUCCCAGCGGCUUCAAAACAAGUAAGUUAAUGGGUAAAUGUUCAUGCACAAUUCAGGCUAAAAUGGGUAGCUGUGAGAGUUUGAUUACUGUAAAACUGUGUGUAUUUAAAGAACACAUUCUCCCAUUUAAACCCAUUUGAAUCCCUGCACUGCAUAUUUAUUUACAUGGGUACAUAUGGAGUCGAGUCUUGAAGGGACAAUUUAGGCAUCAUAGCAACUUCAUCUAAAUUAAGUUGCUAUGGUGCCAGGAUGGCCCCAGGAGAAAGCUUACUUCAAGGAGUUUUGAACGGUUUAACCCCGAUGUUGCAUCUAUCGCCAAUCUCAGCUUCCCCAAGCAUGGCAUCUGGUUUUGGAAAAUUACGCUCUCAGUCAAUCAGUAACUACCCAUUCACAAAACUGGCUUGCAAAAGAAGGUACAUUUAACCCCUUGAUGUAAGAGUGCAUCUGGGGGCCUCUUGGCACCUUAACAACUUCAUUUAGAUGCCUGGAGUGUUCCUUUAAGGGGUGGUAUCAAAAUCAUUCCCUUUGGUUUAGCUUAGAUAUUAAAUGGUACACAUAGUACAUAUCAUUAUUUGUAGCCUUUUUAAGCUUUGAAAGCAAUAAUUUGACUCUAGAAAUCGCCCUGCUUUGUAGAAGACCCUCAAGGACGCAGCUUAGCCAACCAUCCUGUUUAUUUUAUUCUUUUUUUUCCUUUUUAAGGGAAUGUAUUGUUUUUUCUCAGCUAACCCCAUCUGUCUCUGUUUUUAUUUAUAACAGAUAUUUAUGACUCUCAUGAAAACUUGUCUAGCCAAAACAGGAAUAUUUUGGAUAGUUUAAUGCCUGAUGUAAAAGAGGAUUAUGGAGAAGAAUACCUGGAGACAUUUAAAGAUUUACACCAUGAAAUGUUUGCAACUUCCUCUUCCGACCUCACACCGGUCCUAGAGGACGUGUGCCACGCUUUAUUGGCACGAAAUCCCCAUUUUUCAUACACCCCAGGUAGAUUUGCGCACUUCAUCCCUUGUUUGUUCCGGAAUUUCCCUCUUUGGGUUUAUGAUCACUUUGCCAAAAAAAUCUUCCAAAUCCACAGGAAUAUCCUUCCUCGAUCUUUACAGCUAUCUCAGACUAAAAACUGGAGAUCAUAAUCUUCUACCAAAGAACUGGAAAUAUCAACCUGCAAAGAGUUGGCAGAAAAGAGAACGGAAUGCUUUUCAUACAGGGUUUUAAAUGUUUACAAAACAAACACGAUAACAAAAAAAAAAAACACACACUAAAGAAAUCUGUCAGAUCCUUCCUAAUGAGCUUACUAUUUUUUUUAUGUGUUUUGUAAUUUUUAGUUUAACAUUUUUUAAAUGUAGGAGAUUUCAAAGACAUAGCGAUUAUACAUCAAAACAAUGGGGAGCUUUGCAGUGAAACCUACUUUUCCAGGAUUUACGAAAGGUGUCCAAGGAGUCAUGUAGCUGAGCUGUCAAUUUUUAAAUGUCUGUUUUACUAUAAAACUCCUGAUAUAUUGAGACUUUAGCAUUUUAAGUGUAUAAUGUUGAUAACAGAAAUAAUAAACAUUUAUUACUUUUAGACAUUCAAUUUCAUUUGAAUUGUCUGUGGGUGAAAAAAGUGAUACGACCACUAAGGAGUCAGAGCCUUUUCUUGGAAAAGAGGGGGGAAGGUAAAAGCAUGGUUGUACGAUAUAAUAAGUCCACAGUCAAUAUCAUGAAUUUCGGAGAAUUUGGUAAAGGGGCAGUUUAAUUUUGUGUUGGAAUAUAGAACAGAUCACCUUUUGCAAACUUGCGG